CCCAGAUCCCUCGAUCUCGGCUUGGCAGCAGCUUCGGCGAUGCGCGCGGCCCCGACGGCGGCACCGGCAAGAACCGCGGGUGGACUCGGCUGCUUUUCCUGAGCGCACCUCUCCAGCAGAUCGAGAGAAGAUAAAUCGCUCUCGGCGCUUGUUCCCAGGUCAGUGCAAAAAAGAGAGAGCCAUUCCUUAUCUUCCCCUCGGUUUCUCCUCUUUGCGCGGUCUCUGGUUUUCCACGUGGGUCAAGGCGGGGGAUCCCGUCGAGAAUCUCCUUCACAAGCCGGAACGGAACGGAACGCUCCGUAAAUAGUGUUUCUCAGGAUGCAUUUAGACGAUAUAUUUCCACCCUUCCAACGUCCUCUCUCUCCCCAUCCCUCCUUCCCUCUUCGGUGACCUUGGAAGGGGACUUGGGAAGGUGGGUGAGCCGGACUUUCCCCCUGUGAGAUCAGAUGACCUCUUGCAGGUUUCUCGACAGCCCUGACUCGGCUUGUGGCUAAGCCUCCGGACUAGGGUGGUGCUGGUCCUAGUGGAGCAGGGAGGGUGCUGGGGGGAGCAAGUCCACGCAAAAUAUCUGAAAUCGCCCCUGGUUCUAAGAGAGAGAGAAUGCCAACGGGAGACGGGCCCGCGUUUCGUAGAAAGCCUGCGGAACGCUCAGGAACCCCACAUUUCCUUGGGGGUGAAAUGAUGGCCGGCAGGUAUCUGCAAAGGCAGGCGCGAUAACUGGGAUGCAUAAUCUUGCGUGACAUCCAUCGCGCAGCCCAAGGGGAUAAUUUCGUCCUUGCAUCGAAAUAAAAUCAAAUGGAUCCCGUGGAUUUCUAUUUAUUUAUUAAUUUCUAUUUGAUUAUUUUUUUUAAAAAAAAAUAGUGUUUAUUUAAUUGAUGCGGGAAAGCUGCUACCCUCCCUUGGGCCUUAGGAAGCGGCGAGCAAUUUAAAAACACCGAUACAUUAAUUCAAUCAAAUAAGGAUAUACGCUUAUUUAACGUCCAUAAUACCUUCUCUAGCCUAUGUCUUCUCAUUAGGCUUGGAACAUCGAGAUAAAGCAUCACCCUUCUAAUCUAUAUGUAUCCGUGAAGAUACAUAUAGAGAUUCCAUAGAGAUGCUCAGGAGAUUCCAUUGGAGUCUAGCCUAGACCAUCGGGGGGAAAUGCUCCCUGUCUCUUGUCAAUUUCACUUUCAAGGUCCGCCUUUGUCUGCCUCCAUCUUUGCAGUCCCGCCAGUUACUUUCCAUCUUUCUUUAAUCCGCUGUAAAAUUUGCAGGCCCCCUUGCUAUCCCUUCCACAAUUUAUGCCUGCGGUGCCCUGCAAAUAACGUCUGCGGGUUCGCUCCGAUUCAGCUUCCUUCGCUUUCGUUAUUCAGUAAUUUGGCAUCACUAGUUCUCCUUCCUAAAACAAUCAGGCAGGCACUCUCAGGAUACUGAGCACACCUGCAUGUAUCAACAAUUCCGACUGCACCUUCUUCCAGUAGUAAAUAUGCAAUUGGUUGUUUUUGUUUUUUUAAUGGGAUCGGAGAAAUUAAGCGCUGCAACUGUAUUAAAAUGCUAGCUCGGGGAUAUAAAUAUGCGUAGGAAUAGAAACAUGGAAGCGAGCGAGGGGAACGGAUCCACCAAGAAAUUACGCCGGAGAAGGAAACUCUCAGUCCCAGCCGCUUUCAAAAGGCGCGUCCUCCUUUGCUUAAGUGCCGUGUGGAUCCAGAAACAAUCGUCCCUUGGCAGGCGCUGCCCGUAUCAAAGGCACCCUUUUCUCCGGAGCCGUUUUAGCCUCUGGAUUCUCUUGCGCGAGGUAAUAAGGGCAAUGUUGCGCUAAGAAAGGAGGGACGGAGCGAGGGACACGAGACCGAGCCACCUUGGGCGUAAUGAUAACCGCAAUUCAAUUCGUGGAUCUGAAAGGGGAAUCUGGAAAGGACCCCUGAAAUGUGUCGAGCCGGAUUUGCAGAGAGGAGUCUUGUCUGGAUACGACAGAUCCGAGCUGGGGCGGCGGGAGUGUGGGGCUCGCUGAAUUUUUACGAAAUUCAUUUUGAACAGAGCUCGGAUCGUUGGAGAAUCUUUGUGUGUGUGUUUUGUUCCCUUCGCGAGAAAGGAUAAACAAAGAAACCUGCAUUUUGUUGGCGUAAAAACGCGCGUGGUGAAGACUUUUAUCGUAAGCAAGCGGCAAGCGUAUUCUCACACCCGCAAUUGACAGAUCGCUGUUUGAAAAUGGGAUGGGUGGGUGGGAGAGAGAGAGAGAGAGAGAGAGAGAGGAGAUGCCCGUGAUGGAGAAACGUUUGCCGGGUCCUGGGUGCAACGCAUUUGCUAAAGAGCUCCCUUUUCAAAGCGGUAGGUGUGCGCGUGCGAGACAGAACCGGAGUGGCCCAUUCUAUAUAUAUUGUUUCUAAUUCGAAUCCUUCUCGUUGGUUUCGCUGUGGAAAUCCAGGAGACUAAUCUGGAACAAGGGGCUCGCAUUGUUGCAGUUCCUCCCCUUAAUUCACAGGCUUCCUUAGAUCUGUGUGUGAAUGGAACAGUUUCUCCUAGCUCUGUCCUGUCCCCUCUCCUUUUUGAAACACCUAGCCUUUUUUAUUUUUCUGCUAAGAAAGAAGUGACCCCCCCACUUCGGCGCGUCCUUGACCGCGGCGCACGCGUGUUUGUUCAACCGAGUACUCACGAGUCUCGUGACCCUAGCGGGUUUUCGGAUUGACCCGGAUCGUGAGUGUUGCUGACUUCGAAGGAAGUCAAUUAAAAAAAAAAAUCAACGGAAUUUCCUCCCACGCAAAAGGCAGAGCGGGGAGUGGAGAGGGGGAGGGAGCCAUAAGUAUUCUGAUACUUUCCUUGGAAGUACGCUGACUUCAGCAACCGGCCUUCCAGGUAGGUGUGCUUAUGAUGCAUUUGUGGACUUUUGCGGUCGCUAGAUCGGAAUUCACCGGCGUACGGCGACAGUUCCAGAGAAAGAGGAGACGGUUCCACGUAGCUGCAGAAGUCCCCCAUCUCUGUAGCUUGUUCUCUGGGCAUGGAUCCGCUUUCCAGGCAUCCAGAUCACAUAUUUUUGCCUUUUUUCUCUUUUGGGGGGUACCUUUUGGCUUAAUACACAAUGAGCUUCCACCUGGGCAUUUGCUUGGCUUCUGAGCGCGCGUCGAUCUAUGUUGCUUUGGGGCAGAAUCUGGCGGUUAUGUCUUCCUGCGCAAACCCCACAGAAAUGAAGGGGAACGAUUUCCCGGAGGGUCGUGCGUUUCUUCGUUGCGAUGCACUUCACUGUGUUGUGGGUGAUGUAGAGGUUCAUGCCAGCUGUGUGUGUGUGCGCGCGCGGGGGGGGGGCACAGAAAUUUAAGCUCUCGAGGUUCUAUGUAGUGCGAAUUACUCUAUGUUUCCAACUUAGCCGUUUUCGCUGGGUUAUGUGUGGGUGUCUCAUUGCUAUAUUCGUCGAUGUUGGUUUGAAUCGAGUCAGUUUCUCCUCUGGGCAGCGAGAAGCGGCGCGUCUCCAUCGCCCGCGCGCGUGUCACUUUCUCCGGGAUUUCUCCAACACUUCGGUGACCCGGUGAGUGUGCGAAAGCACACCUUGCUUAGGCACGCACUUUCGAGAAAAAGAUGUGUCUGUGAGCCCGCGUGCUAACCGUUCCGCCACACUUCACGACCCAGUUAAACAGGAGCGAGCGCUCAAUGGGGCUUCUAGUCCAGCCGCUGGAAUAUGUAUCCAACGAGUUCUGGAGCAGCAGGGUUACCUGACAUUACCCUAGAGAGGCUGUGGAUCUGGCGCACAGAGAUUUCAAUGCAAAGAUGACUGUGGCCGCCAAUCUACCCCCCCCCCCGACCCGUCCUGGGUCACUGGGCCAAUUUUUCGCUCUUGAAGGAAAGCCACCACCGUCUGGUUUUUCUUUCCUUUUCACGUCGGCUUUCCAAAGCCGUUGAUCCAAAUAGCAAUCCGAAUGAUCAGCUCCCUUUUGCUUCUAGAAUUGAUGGGGGUAGAAGUGAGCGGGUUCCCCCCCCCAAAAAAUAUUGGCUUCAGAUGCCAGAAAAAAAUGUGUGUGUGCGUGAAUUUGCAGUGGCGCAGUGCCGUGGCUGACUACGGCUGACUUCAAACAAGGGGGCUAUUCCAGGACAGUGAUCACGGCGGUACCCAUCACGCCCCCCACCCCAUGCAAGAGGGAAGGUCUUUCCUUUGCUCCUCCUCUCAUCGCUCUGUUCAGUUUUCUAAGGAAGCCCCCGAAUGAAAAGAUAGCGAGAGAGGGAGACCCAGAGGAAAGCAAUAGGUCGGCAGUGACCUUUCCAAACAGUACAGUGGACCAUCAUCCUAUAGAUGCGAAAUUCCUUAAGGUUUUCAAGGAAUCAUUCUUUAAAUUACAGGGCAAUCCGCAAUUUGGGAUUAGUCGAUAACAAUCAAGUUCAGUACAAACUGGGCUGUUUGGGCAGCAAACAGCAAGUCUAUGAAAUCACGUUUUGUUUUUAAGUGCUUUGUUAGUUGUAGGUAUACUACUGACAAAGGUUUGUUCCCGGCUAAUGAACCCAACCAAGAGACUUCAUUUAGAGUUUUAAAUGGAUGCGUGUGCAGACACCUACACCCCUCUGUGUGCAUAGGUAGACACACCGAGAUAUUUCUGAGUUACAUUUAGCAUGUGUAUACUGUGGUGCUUUGGUAUUCAAAGUGUUCAUCUACAUAAAGAAUGAGCAACUUCUGGCCCUGCGGAUGUUGUUGGAACGUUUCUAACCAGGCCCAGCUGCCAUGGAGUAAUGAUCAGGGAUGAUGGUAGUUGUGGUCCAACAAACAUCUGGAGGGCCAAAGGUUCUGCAGCCCUGAGCUACAUCCCCAGAGCAAUCUGCACAACAGUCCUCUAGGUGGGCUGGUGCUAUCCUGUCCACACUGAGGAUAAAAGUGAAGACUGACUUGGUUUACAGGUUUGUUUAUUACCUGGGAGAUUCAUAGCAGGAGCAAUAUUAGAAUCUAUUAUUUAUUGGCUCAGUCUGUCUAUCUUCUCUCUUUCUCAUCUGUCUGUCUGUCUGUCUCUAUCUAAAUAGCUUAAACAAGCACACCCACCAGAUAUUUAGAAUAAAUUUAUUUCAGCCGGCUAACAUGGAGACCAGGGAUAAGACUAACUUCUCAAGAAGGCCUUGAGCUUCAGCUGAAACCAAGAACCUUGCAUCUCAUAUUGGAGAGAGCUCAGCCUUUCUUCCACAUCCAUUUCUAGAGAAGAGGCCGAUUCAGAAAUCAGGAAUUCCUUCCUGUCUGUCAUCUUUCUGCAGGCCUGGGAAGACCAUGUGUCCACUCCACACAAGGUUCAUGGGUUCUUAUUUACCCUGCACCACCAUCAACCCCCACCUCUCCUCUGUUUUUGACAUGACAGGCCUGAACAGCAGAGAAACAUCAACAAAAAACUUUGAGGGCUUGGUCCUCCCCCUUCCCCCCUCUUAGGGCCUGGAAAGGUGCCUAAAAGAUUAAGCCAAGAUUAAUUUCUUUGUUCAGUUACAGAAACUUCUUAGAAACCACAGGCCCUUCAUGUACUAUUCUAGAGGCCAGAGAAUGUCUAGGUGUGUGUGGGGGAUGGGGGAAUUAUUAAAAGGUAUCAUUUUGAUUGACACCAUGACACCAUUAUCUAAGAGCCGACGCAUUCAUAAACAAAUCAAUUUCAGGGUUGGAUUCCGAGCAGGGUCAAAGGGCUGCUCUUAGAGGUACUCAAACCUUGCAUUCAAGCAGCCACCGUGUAUCCCCCCCCCAUGCAUUCCUCUUAGCUCCUUUCAAGCUCAUAACAACCAGAAAUACAAGUGCUCCGGAUUCACACGUGGCAGCGAGCCCGCGGACACGACUCCCCAUCCCACACUCGCGCAGAGCAGGUCUGAAGGAAAGGCGUCAGAAUAAAAAAAAGAAUUCGGGGGUCUUGAGGAGAGUAAAGGUUGAGAGAUCUAUUGCCUUAAAAUCGACGCGGGGAAAGACAGGAUCUUUAUCUCGCGCGGGUUAUAUUUCCCAGAACUGCACGUUUCUGAAGACAUCUCCGGAUUCUUAGACAUGUCUGCUCAGAAGCUUGAGCGAAUGGGCCCAGGAUUGUAGGUUUCAAUAGAGAGAGCCUUUCUGACGAAUUUCUUUUUGAACACCUACUGCUAAGUGGGGGGAGCGCGCGAGAGAGGCCGGCAGAGAGAAGCACUAUGUGUCGGUGUGUGAGAGAGAGAUUUCACCACCUCCUCUCUACGCGCGGUUUGUUCAAGUGCGCGUGCACACCACCGUGUGGACACAAACAAACAAGCAAUCAAGCAAGCGCGCAGGGGUAUUUGUUCUUUUGGGAAGGGGCUCUUAUGGAGGGAGGGCAACAAGGUGCCCAAAGUGUGUAUCUGUUGACUUGCAAGCUGGUCUGCGUGUUUGCAGGGGGUGGGGAAGGGAAAGGGGAGAGUUGAUGUGGUGAUGGUUGUCGCUCGCUUAAACCCUCCACCCUCGACGCCGCGCACACUCCAUCCACCAGGAAAUCUUGUGGGAUCUUCCUGGCUCCCAGCGGAGAAAGUGAAACUUAACUAGAUCCAAAGCUGAAACUGACUGGAUCCUAGGCAGCCUUGCAGUUUGCGCAGGGAUGCGCGGGGGCGAAGGGAGAUCCCCGUGCAGAUUCUAGAAAAUUAAAAACCCUUAAAAAAAACAAAAAACCCUAAGCGUGGCUUGCGACGAGGUUGUUUUUUUACUUUUCGACUCCCCCUAUUUCCGCACCGUCUUCUUUCCCUCUCUUGGGAAUGUAGAAGGGGGAAGGGUCGCUUCCUGGACUGGUGUAGCCGGUUUGAUUCUCCCAUAUCUCACUUUUGCUUACUUUUUAAACUGUCCUGAAGGCAGCGGAUCUUUUAAGUUCAGAAAAGGAUUUUUUUGGGGGGGGAUGGUGGGUAGGAAAGAAAAGAAAAGAAAAGAAAAGAAAAGAAAAGAAAAGAGAGAAUGUAUAUAUUUUCCUUUAGGCCACCUUCCUACUCACCAACCAUCUGCCCCCCUUCUCAAAUGGGCCUCUCCCCAAAUUUUAUUCUAGAAGUCAGAUUUCUAGAGGUCUGAAAGAGGGUCUACCCGGACCCCGCCUCCCCCACGUCUCUCCCGAUCUCUCGGGAUCUUCAGAGGGAAGCUGGCCACCACGUCGGUGGCGGUGGAGGAAGAUCAUCCGAAUCGACACGAUCGGAUGCUGAGGCGUUAUUUCGCUUCCUCUUCUUCUCCCUGCAAUACGCACGAAUUUCCAGUUUUUGACCCGUCAGGCUUGGUACUUUCCAGGCUUCCACAGUUGGCACAGAAUGGAGAAUCGAUGAAGAAAGAAAGAAAGAAAAAAAGAAAGAGGGAAAACGUUAUAGGAAAAAGCGCCAGAAAACCAAUGAGAACGAAGGGCAAGCCAAGUUGAAAGCGAUGAAGGGGUUAUCCUCUCUCCGCGCUCAGACGGGGGGGCGGGGGCAGCCUUGCAGCCUGAAUUAAGCAUCUGCAAAGUCCCGUUGAGUUCAGUGGAAGCGCCGUAGCACGUGCUCGAACCGCGCUCCUUUGCCAUCCCUGAGAUACACUGAUGCUCUUUUGAAACUUUGCAAAGCUGCUAUUUCCUUGAUCGCCGGCUCCACCGAGCAGGGCUGGUCUAGGGGUGUCAGCGCCUUCACAGGGCAGACAGGCAGGCAGCAAUCCCAGCCAAGCUUACCUGAGAGUAGCCUCCCCUCCCCACUGAAUUCAAUAGGACUUGCUUCUUUUGCGUUAGGCAGGCACUGUCAGGCUCGCUUGGUGUGACUCCUGCGUUAGGAUCGCGCGGCUGAGACGAAGCCCAGGCUUGCAGAGCUCACCAGGGUGCGCGGAAGGGCGACCCCCCUCCCCUUUCGGGUGUUUGGUUUUGAUCGACGUUUCGGGCGCUGAACAACCGCUCCCUUUUGUCCCCCCCCCCCCGCCCCCCGGACAGGGAUUCAGGGCUCGCUUGUUUGGGUUGCUUUUGCAGAGAUUGUUGUGUCUCACGUCUGUCUUCGCCAGGGAAGCGUGCUCCGUCCAGCUGCUUUUGGCAAGGAAGAAGCGACGCGCCCUUUUCUCCCGGCCCCCACGCGCAACAAAAGUUGUCCCCGAACCCUCCCACUCCCGGGGAAGCCGAGUUGCUUUGCGAUGGGGUGGGGGGUGGGGCCUGGGAGAAGAGAAGCCUUCAGAUCUCAGCCCUGGGCCGUGUCCCUUCCAUAACCCUCCGAUGCCUCGCUCGGGGCUGUUUACACAGCUUUACCUGCGCUGCGCUGCUUUCCCUGUCAAAUCCCAGCCCAGUAAACGUAACAUAAUCCUAUUCCAGUCAAUUGCAUGCGGGCUAAAAGCAGUUCGGCGACGGGAUGAAGUGUGUGUGUGUGUGUGUGUGUGUGUGUGUGUGUGUGUGUAGCAUGUGUGUAUGUGUGCUCUCCGAGGCCUCCUCCUUUCUCCCCCAGCAAGGAGACAGGGAAAUUCAGACCAGGUGCCAGUAAUCUAGAAGGUCACAGAGGAACUCGGAGAGGCCAGGCGGUUUUGCUCUCUGUCAGCUAGUCCCGAGUUCUUUGGGACCCCUUUGCCUAUACCUACCCAUGCUUGAAGGAAGGACACGUGCUGGGCAUGCAGAAGGCCGCAGGUUCAAUCCCCGCCCUCUCCACCUACAGGAUCCCAAGGGCCAGGGAGGCGACUGCAAUAUAACAUCCCCCUCCCUUUUGAAACCUGUUGUCCGUCAGAAUAGAUGCUUUACUGUUCCACCUUGGCUCGUGAUAAACAGAACCACAUUCUUUUGUUAGCUACCUGAUCACACUAGAUCCGGCCCUUCUUCCCGGGGGGCACGUUUCUUUUUUAACAUGCUCAGUGCUAGUUACAGGUCGGUAGCCGUGUUGGUCUGCCGUAGUCGAAACUAAACUAAACUAAACUAAACUAAACUAAACUAAACUAAACUAAACUAAACUAAGAAACAAAUAAAAUUCCUUCCAGUAGCACCUUAGAGACCAACUAAGUUAGUUAUUGGUAUGAGCUUUCGUGUGCAUGCACACUUCUUCAGAUACAUGCUCAGUGCUACAGUCCUAUACACACUUAACUCGGGAGCAAGUCCCAUUGGGCCUGUUGGGACUUUACUUGCGAGGAGACGCGGAUAGGAUCGCAGUGCGCGCCGCUCGCUUUCUUACUGAGCCAUCUUCUUAGCUAAUCAGAAGUCAAGCUUAUUGAAAUCAGUGGGGCUCACCCCUCCCUGGUAAGUGGGGUAGGAUUGCAGCGCUACUCACACUGGCUGGUAUAAGGAUAGACCCCCCCCAUUUAAUUCACGAAUAAAUCACACACACCCCUUAGAGAGUGCCUGCCCCUUAGGAGGUCCACGCACAUUGUUUUAUCCUGGAUUAGUGAAUAAGGAAUAACCGCUGGUUCCGUAUUGAUGCAUCACUAGUGAGCAUGAAGACAUUGGAUCUGUGUAUGAAAGGGAAGGGGCAGAAACUCCGACUUUCCUUAAAUUCCUGUAUUGCAGGGGGUUGGACUAGAUGACCCUUGGGGUCCCAACUCUUACGAUCCUAUGACUUUUGGCAUGGUGGUGAAAUGUAAAAGAGAGUUAAGAAAAUGUCCCAGGCUAACUGACCUGCAUUAAAUUAGCCACCCCUGCAGUAGUAUUGAUUCUGGAUCAAGUAAUUCGGAGUACACUGGAAUGUGUAAACCACCCCCCUCCCUCAGACCUGGAAUAUCCUCCUCCCACUGAAGUCCGUGUACAACCUAUUUAUUUGAAUGAAUCAGCAUUACACACCCGGCUCCUGCAGUUGCUGCACCGAGAUUCUUAAAAAAUAAAAUACUGCACACCUUUACCGAAGUUUUCGUGACAAAACUCCCAUAAAUUUUAAUUGUUGAAAACUGCAGAAACGUAGUAUGCAGAGCAAGACGGAAAUAAUUAUAUAUAUAUAUUUAAACUGACAAGCACGCAACUACCACCCACACAGAACCAAGCAGAGGAAGGCCUUUUAUGUUGCUAAACAGUAUCUUUAAAAUGCCCGGGUAUAGUGAAAUAAGGGUCUUUUUUCCAUUUUUUAAAAGAGGUCUUCGGUAUAGCAAGAACUGGUCGUUUUGCAAUCUCAAAAAGUUGAUGCAGCUGUUCAGCGAGAAAUGUUCAUCGAUUUUGUUUGAUUUUUGUGUAGGUUUUUUUAAAUAAAGAUUUUAGGGGAAAGAUCUCAGGACUAUCGAGCGAAAUAGGUUCCCCUGUGUGUGUUUGUGUGUGUGUUGGUAGGGAACAGGGAGCAGUAUCUCUGUGUCAUGUUGUGGUCAUCUGUGUAGUUAUUGGCUGGGAAAACCGGCUCUCCUCAUGGUCUCCAGUGCGGAUCUUUUCGGUUUGAAAGCUUUGGCGUGAGAGAACUUUAGGACCUGAUCCGCGCAGGACGGAGCAGGAGAGUUCAGUGGAGGUCAGAUGUCUGGUAAACGAACGGUACUGUGGCUUGUGGACCUCGUUUUGCUGCAACGACCCGGAUGGUUGCUUGUGUUUGAAAUUAGAAUCAAACUGCAUUGAACUCAAUGGGACUUGCUUCCAGAAACUGUUUUCUUCAGGAUCAGACUAUGCGCAAAUAAACAGGCACUUCCGUUCGCCUGAUUUUGUUGCACUAAAAUUUGUUUGCAGUCUCCGAAGCAGAUGUGCUUUCUGGGAAGUGAGUUUAAUUUGGUUCAGGAGAAAGUUCUUAGGAUUAGAGGUUUAGGGAGCGAUCCUACGCAUCUCUACUCAGAAGAAAGUCCCAUUGAGUUAAAUUAAGCUUGCUUCCAAGUAAUAAGAUCGCACCUCCAGAAUUUCAGUUUUGAUGAACCUACCUUGGCACUAUCUGGUGGGUAUCUUACCUACUUGACACGGAAUAUUUCAGACCAAAACAAACUCUUCCCGCGGAAUUAAGGGGGUGCGCUAAAAUGUUUUUAAUUUAUUUAUUCACGUUCGAAUGGCCCCUCCAUUCCUGAACUCUGACCGUGGUCAUUACUCCGAAGUAAUGAGAAUGAGGGCUUAAGGUGAGUGAGUUAUGGAAGCAAAAGAGAUGUCAGAAGCUACCAGCCAAAGCUCACUUUAUCUUCACAACAACCAUGUGAGGCAGAAGAGCAACUGGCCCAAUUUACCGCAGAGCCUAGGGCGAAUCUCAACUCUGCUCGCCUCCUCCAACCACUACACCGCACUGCCCUCUCCACUGAGCAGAAUUGCGCUUCGCUUGGGAAUGAACAGGACUCUCCAUCUGAGAGUCAGUAGGUGAACAUGCACCACACGCUUACAGCAUUCCCCACCCAAAGAACCCUGGGAACCGUAUUUACCCACCACGGAACUACAAUUCCCAGCACCCUGAACAAACUACAGUUCCCAGGAUGGAUUCUUUGGAUGGGGGGAAGCCAUGUGCUUUAAGUGUUUAGUGCGUCUGUAGACCGAGAGAAGCCGGGAGAGCGUGCGCGACCCUUUUUCACAAACAGUGCCCCAUUUAUCCUCGCUUUCCCUUCGGGCUCAGCUUCGCCUGGCUUCCCCCGGCUGCUGCUUCUCUGCCAGCUGGAAAUUCGGCCUCUCGCUUCUCCUCCCUGCUCCGCCAGCAGGGGCUUUAAUUGACAGUUUUGCCCUAAUAGGAGCUCAUUGUUGGGAGCAAUUAGCAAAGCAACCAGUUUGGAGAAGGAGAGGGGGAGACGAGGAGGAGGAGACGGGGAUGGGGGAAGAGGGGCGUUUAAUUCGAUUUGAAGGUGAGGGGCGUGUGCCUGAGAUCCCGGCCCGCGCUUGGUCGAUCUUUUCCAGCUGAGAACGCGGGGGAAAGCCAAGGCGAGGGGGCUGCUUCGGGGGAAAAAAAGAGGAGUAGAGCGCAGAGAGAGAGAGGGCCCGUAGCCAAAUGUUAAUGAAGGAUAUAGGAACAGCUUUGGCUGGCGACGCAAAGGGAAAGGAGAGUGGGAGAUUAAUUCGCUCCAGAGCGCGCCGUUUAGAAUCCGAAUUUAGUGAAAGUGCCCAGGAUGGACCACUCCGGAUCUGCUUUAAGCCGAUCUUGGGGGCCCCAUCAGAGAUCCCAACUUGAAUAAAAUAUUGUGGGGGCCCAGGUAAGCCCUGGCCCGCACAACCGAUCACAUGACACAACGCACACGCACUAUUUGAAUCGCAAUGCCGAUCAACUUGGGGGGAGGGCGGUCCUCUCAAAUAUUUUAUUGUGGGGGCCGAAGCCCCCACGGCCCCUAGGAGUUGGCUCCUAUGGGCCCCAUCCCUUCCCAUCUUUCUUUGCGCGUUUGCUCGCAAGUAAGUCCCAUUGAGUUGGAUAGGACAGGCUCCCACGCCACUCCGCAAAGCGUGUAUCCAGAUUUGUAGCCUUUCUUGGCGAGGGGGGGGGGACGACCAAACUAAAUCCCAACUCAUUGGACACUCCUAGGCUUGCUUCGAAGUGCACCCCACGGGCAAGGGAAUCUCCCCGAAAGCCGAGAGGAGACUGAGAUCGUCGCGUUUGCUUUUUAAAUCGACCGGUGCAAUUUCGGUGGCUCAGGCUACCUAACUCCGUUUGUGUAGGGACGGGCAGGGGAGAGGUUUUGGAGAAGUUGCGGGUGCGUCUUUGUGCAGGAAAAAUGCCCCUCGAGAAAAAGGGAAUUCCCCUCGGAACUCCGGAAGAUUUGGCAAGCUUCGCCUUUCUCUAAUGGAAAAAAGGUGCGUCUGUGAGUGAUGAAUAAUCACUCGGAGGCGGCAGUUCUACACGCGCUCCUUUGACAGAAAACCCCACUCCCACCGACCUCGGUGGAACUUACUCCUGAAUAAAAAUGCGGAUGUCUUUCUGCAAACCGAUUUUUGCUCGCAUUUGGAGAAGAGCGCGCGACUGCGUCUUCUCCGCGCUUAGGAAAGCGGGAUAGGAUUCCCAAACAAAACUAAACCUCCAUGUGCGCUUAUUCCGUAGUAGACUAAGUCAGAAACUUGGUCGGAUUGAAUCUAGUUUAUAUAUGUUGAGAAGUUUCCCCUGAAUAACAUUUAUGUGGGGAAAUUUGGGGCGCCACUUCGCGUUAAUUUGGCCUUCUCUUCGCUGUAUAUACCUAGAAAGGUUCGCCUGGGAGUCAGUCUUACUGAAUUUAGAGUCUCUCUCUCUUAUCUGCAGCGCGCGGGAAUUUUCAAACCGUCUUACUCUAGAGGAGUCCCAUGGACGUCCGCCCGACUCAAGCCAGAUAGAAUAAAUGCAAUUAUGUUAAUGGCCUGGGAAACGCAUUCGGUUUGCCUGGUCAACAGAUCUAUUCUGCUCCUACCUUUAGCCACCUGGAGGAAAAUAAGCCACACUUUUUGCAGCGCACUGCCUUACUCAGAAGUAAACCGUACUGAACUCAACGGGAUUUACUUCUACGCAAAGAGUAUCUCCUCAAUCUGCAUCCCUUCGAAUGGUGCUCAAUGCCCUUGCGCCUGGGCGCCAAAAUAAACAUCAAAUAAAUGUAUAUAUGACUGGUGUCGUGCAGGGCUACUGCUUUUAGAGGUCGGAAAUGAAUACGAUGGUCUUGCCAACUUCCCUUCCAUUCUCUUGGGUCUCCCAGUGGUCCCCUUCUGAGCACGUGCAGAGUGCCUUAUUUAUUUAUUUCAUUUCUCCAAGGAGCUCAAGGUGGCGCAGAUACUUCCGCCCGCUGUUAUCCCCCCAUCAACACUGUGGGGUAGGUUAGGCGGAGAGUGAGCGACUGGUCCAAGGCCGCCCAGGGAUCUUCGUGGCCGAGUGGGGGAUUUGAACCCAGGACUCCCGGGUCCUAGUCCAGCACCCUAAUCAUUGCACCACCCUGGCUGCCCAGACUGUCACCAUUCCGCAUGGCACCCCUUACACCGCGGAAGCAUAAUUGGAUUCCUGAACCCCCCUCGCUUGAACUCAGUGGGCCUUCUGUGUGUGUAAACACACAAACACUGGGUGGGGGGGGGGGGAGGAUUUCCAGGCGGACCUCAGCUACUCUCCAACCUACCCACUUUUCUUCCUAAUUACAUCAUUUAAAGGACUUAUUCCCAAGCCCAUGCCCUUGUAGGAUCCAGGAUGAUCCAAACAGCAUUCUGACCCGGUGUGGCGAGGGUAGUGUAACGUCUGUACGAGGAAUCCCUCUUACACGUGUAUCCAGUGCUGGGAACCAUAGCGGGACUGCAUUGAAUGGCUCCUUCUAUUUCCGCCCUCCCCACCCCUCCCCACCCCGGUCACGCUCCUUUGGCCCCUCCCGGAUGGGCACAAUGGCCGUGACGUCAGCCCCCAGUGGCGUCGGCCAGGCUGGCCCAGGAAAGGGGCCUUCGGCAGAGCAGCCUCCCAAUUACAACCGGUCAAUCCAGUUACCAAGAGGGGAGGGAGAAGAGGAGAGAUCUGCUCGCAAUAAACCCCCCACCUUUACAGCAGCAGGCACGGUCGCUCCAGGUUUCCUCCGUUGCUGCGGUGGCUAAGAGGUUCUGGGUUCGAAUCUACACACCCACUGAAGAGCUACUUCCCUUCCGGAUAGAGGGCCGAGGGGAAGAGUAGCAAUAAUAAUAAUAAUAAUGAUGAUGAUGAUGAUGAUGAUGUUGAUGUUGUCCCACCUAACAGGGCUGUUAGUUCAUUGCUUUUUCCUGCUACGCCUUUUCUGCAGCGCGCGCAGAAUGCGCCGCCUCUGAUCCUCAAAACAAUCUUGCAAGGUAGGCUAGGCUACGCACUAUGCAUUUAAAACACAUAAUCUCCCCCCACCAGGAACCCCAGGGGAACUGUAGUUUGCCCUCUCACAGAGCUAUAAUCCACAGCACCCUUAGCAAACUAGAGUUUCCAGGAUUCUUGGAGGGAAGACAUAUGCUUUAAAUGAUGCUGAGUACGCGGCCUUGGUCCCAGGCAUCCUAAAUCUUAUUUGGGAGGGAGAAGGCGGCGAAUAACAGCACCCCAAAAAAGCCCUCCCCUCCCCAGAAGCUGAUAUUAUGCAGAGCUUGGGACCUUCUUCAAACAAAACUAUUCUUUACCUGUUUUAUCUAAUACAAAACCUAGCCUUCUGAAAAAGGACACGGGGAUGAGCCAUUUACAUUUUGCCUGGAAUACUUUUAAAAGUGACCAAAGCUGAACAUUUUUAAUCGUCUUACCUUUUUAAAAACGAUUACAAUUAAUAUUUUAAGUGUCCCAAGAGAGUGUGCGUUGAAAGAUCAUUUCGUGCGCCCCUCCAAAUACCACGUGGGGAUGAACAAAAAGCAGGAAAGCAAGCCCUUCGAUUAAUCAACUUUAUAUACUUUUCAUUUAAUCAUUUAGUUGGGACAAGAUUCCUCUGCGCCUGCAGCUAGGGACUUUUUACUCUUUCUUUCUCUCAUUACUCCUGUUUUUAAAAAUAAUAAUAAAAACGCAAUCCUAACCAUGUCUACGCAGAUAUGUCCUAUUGAAUUCAACUGAAUUUACUCCCCAGGGGUUAGAAUCGCAGCCUAAAUCGCGGGAGAGCACUGGGUCAAAAUUAUUUUUUUUUGAAGGAAAGGUGUCUCCCUUCCUCCAGAAAAAAAAUAACCCCAUCCGCCAACCUUUCUGCGUCAGUUAUAGUUAGAGAUUCACAUGAAAUGGUCUGGACAGAUUUUCCCCCCACAGUGCAGUUCCGAUUCAUGCAGGAAUCUCGCAACUGUGAAUGAGGCAAAAAUGUUAAGGCUCUUUUAACUGCCACAAAGAGUUAGCAAAGGAGACACAUAUAUAGAAUUGGGCCCUUACUUUCGGAAUGGGUAAACAACAACAAUAAUUCAAGUCGUCUUUAGGCAGGCGGCAAACAUGUUUAAUGACACUAAUCGCAGAUUCCUGCUUGCUCUAAAGUUUUUUAAAAUUAUAUUUUAAAGUGGGCAUUAUUUGUACGUUUCCGGGCUGCGAUCUACAAACCAUGGGGGGAAAUUCUUCUAAGCUUUACUCUGAGUAGACCCAUUGAAAUUAAUCAACACGCCUAAAUUCGGUCCAUUAAUCUCAAACUCUGAGUAAAAGUUAGUUGAAUGCCACCCAUUGCGAUUCUUACUCCGAAGUAAGCCCCACUGUAUUCAAGGGGACUCGCUGCUAUCAAGGGUGCAUAGGAUCGUAGCCUCAAUCCGGAGUCAAUGACUGAGCGUCGGGAAGAUUUGGGUCUGCCCUGUCGGCGCCUGAGGAUUACUGGUAGCUGCGCUCAAAGAAGGGAUCCCCCCCCUUUUUGGUUAGGAAAGUGUUAAAUUACGCUCCAAGCAACUCCUAGACAUCUCUGAUCAUCAAAACAGACUGGAGAUGCAAAUCUGUCAGUGAAGGCAAAAAGAAAAAAAAAGGGAAAUUAAAUCCUUGAACCCGAUCCACAAACCAAUUAAGCUGAAACAUUAGGACUAUCUCCCCGCACACUUAACUUAAAACUGAUGUAUGUAGUAAUAACUUUGGUGGAACUUCCAUAGACUUCCAGCGGCGUGGAGGCUACCAUCCUCUGCGCAUUUACGCACAAGCAAAACACAUUAAGUUCAAGUGGGGCUUCCCUCUGUGAGUAAGCACGCUUACUCUCGGCCUACAUUAACACUCGUGAAACCAAAUGCUUUCGCUUAACUGGGCAGUGGAUCCUGCGAAGGGAUAGCAGUACAGCAUUAGGAGAUCUCUCUCAGUGUGUAUCUUAUCCACACACACAUAUUUUUUUACAUUAAAAACAACGUCCAGUACAGGGACAAUGACCACAAUUAACAGAGCUCUCUCUCUCUAUAUAUAUUUAAAAAUGCAACUAUUAGCAUUUCAGGAACAAAGCCUAUACUCGGGUCCCUUGCGCAUAUUUUAAACACUUGUCUAAUUCUUCCCAGCAACAGUUUGACUUCCCCCAAUUCAACCCAAUUUAUUGUAUUGCAAGGUAUGCGCGAGUGGGAGAAAGGGCGACAAGAGAAGACGGGUGGAGCCGAGGUGGGGGAGCAGCGGAAAGGAAGACGAUGCAACUUGUUGCGCUUUCAAAGAGAACAAAAACCCCACCACCACCCUUCAAAAUAAAUGCUCAGGGCGAAAAUAGCUCCUCCGGGUUCUUGAGUUUGAAUGAACCACUAGGGGAUGCAAUGGCUCAAUGGAGAGAACGUUGAGAGAGUAGUUAAAAGUUCGAACGCCAGGCGAGCAGCCAAUCGCUGACGGCUUUGGCCGGCAGACGGCUCUUGCUGCUUCCUGAUUGGCUCUGAGAGUACCCCUUCCUUUCUCCUCCAGCCCCUUUCAUUUUCGCAAGCCAAGUGGCCCGUGGAGCAGCUCAGGGGCCGAAGCCUCUCCUACGGCUCAGCCUUCGCCUCUUCGGACCGAUGCCGGAUUAUUAUGGGGCAGUUAAUGGCUUUGAGAACUGAAGUCCACAAGUCAAAUCCACUCCUAACUCCCCCACUUUCAGACUUUCUCCCAGUGGCUCCCUUUCACCUGCAAGCAAGAACCCUAAACUCAGCUCCCUCCGGGGAUUACAUUGAUAUUUCCUCAGUUCUGUGCUCCUGAAAGAGGCUCGCCCCUUGCCGUUUCAUUCUCGGCAGACCGCGAACGGGGAAAAAAAACACGUGUACUCCUUACUUGCUAAAGUCGAACUCGCCAUUCUUUUAAAUAUUACCCCUCUCCGUUUGCCAAAGCACACCAGAGCUAGCUUGAGCUGAUCAACUCUCACACGCACCCGCUUUGUUUUGCGUGUGAACAGCCCACGAAGUACUAAAUUCGCCCGUUUUCACUCACUUUCAUCUGCUCAGAAAUAGAGGCUAACUCGUAUCCCAAUAUAAACAGCCACCCAGUUCAGUGUCCUUACAUUAUAUGGUGCCCAGUCCUUCCUCUGAAAGGAUGAUCCAAUAAAAUAAAAAUCAUUAAUAAUAAUAGAGGGCUGAUUCCUCCCCCCCCACCCCCAAAUCAUCAACUUACAGGAACUCAAACUUGAGAUGGUUAAAUCUUUCUCCCUCGCCCUCAAAAUGAGUUUAUUUCUUUCCGGCUCCGGUACGCGUGGGUGGAGGGGAGGUGUGUUUUCUUUUUGGGGGGGAGGAGGAAGAGGAGGGGAAGGGAUCAGCCCUAGUUCGCUUUCUUCCUUUCCCCCCUCCCUGCCCGUCCCCCUGUCCCUCCUCGUUCAGGGACAGACUCCACCCCCUCCCUGCUGAUGACACUGGAACCUCCUUAAGUUCUGUCUCGCCGCAGCUGUCUGUGGAUACUGAGCCGGCUGGCGCCAUCCUGGUUCUUUCAGAAAUAAUGCCUUCUCUUUAAAAAGAAAAAAAGAAAAAAGAAAAGCAAAAGAGAGAGAGAGAGAGAGAGGGAAGGAAGGAAGGAAGGGGGGGAGGGCAGGCGGGCAGGCGAGAGGUGGAGUGAAAUGAGGAGGACGAUUUGAGCCGAUCAAGUUUUCCCUGGCUUUUUUCGCACAACUUUCCCGAGGGUGCUUCUGUAUUAAUUUUUUCUUCCUUUCUUGUCUUCCUUCCUUCCUUCCUUUUCGGGCUCCUCGCACCCCGUAGUUUCUCCUCCCUUUCUCGUUUCUUCAGCAUGCUCUUAGAAAUAGCAUUUUAAAACGUCCGCCAAGUUUUUUCUUUUUUUGGGGGGGGGCAACGCUUGCUGGUUUUUGAAAGGGGGGAGGAGGAGGAAGAGGAGGAGAGAUGCUCCCCGCCGCAAAAAGCAGCCCCCACCGACCAACGCACUCCAAAACAACCUAAAAAAAAGAGGGGGAAAGGAAGGCGAGAAGAGGGGGAAAGUAAUCUCUUCAACAAACCAGAAAAUCAAUACAAGAAUAAAACAAAAGCGAACUUCUCACCGCCGCUUCUGCAGGUGAAAUUGGCCAAACAGGAGACUUUGCGGGAAUCGGUGUAUUUCUUUCUUUCUUUUUAAACCUGAGAGAGAGGCGAGAGGGUAGGACAGCGCGGCAGCGCAGGCUGAGCGCUCAGGGAUCCCUGCGGCCAAUUUCCCCGCGAGGCUGCGGAGAUCGAAAGAGAAAGAAGCGAGAUGGUGCCUUCGCUGGGCGGAUAGGUGAGUCGCGAAGACUUGUUUGAAAAGGCAGGGGGGGGGGGGGAGAUAAGAGAGGCACAGGAGGUGGACUUUUGCAGAGAUCUCUUUGGCGCUUGGGGAGGGGGGCGCAUUUUCUGUGCGUGUAAAUGAAAAAAAAUUAAUCCAGUGUUUUAAAAGUUUUUUAAACCCAAGUUUUUUCUCUCUCCCCUCUCCUCCUUUCUCUCUUUCUCUCUCUCCUUUUGUCUCCCCCACCCUUCCAUUACAGGUGAUCGACCCAAGGCAGGCAAGCUCUCUCCGAGAAAAGGAAAACUCCUCUUGCCUCUCGUUGCUUUGCAGGCUCUCCCGGCCCCCCCUCUCUCUCCAGCCACCCCCACCCAUUUUGGGGGAGAUGGUUAUUUAAGCAACACCUUUUCCCUGCACCUAGACACUCUCCAAAUCUCUCCCUCUCUCCAGUCCUUCGGGCGACUCACUUUGACGAACUUUUUUUUGUGUGUGUGUUUAAUUAAUUCAGGUGUUGGCAUUUGUAAAAAGUUAUUUCCCCAGCUCGUUGUCUCUCCCCCCCCGCUCCAUUAAAAGAAAAAAGAUUAUUUUUUUUUUUGCACUGGUGUGUGUGUGUGAGAGAGAGAGAGGAGAAGAGAGAGAGGCCAGAAAAAACCUCCUUUGCAGCCGACCAACUCAAACCCAGCCGCCACUGAUCGUGAGAACAGGAUGGAAGUAAGCACGGAUCAGCCCCGGUGGGUAAGCCACCACCACCCGGCCGUCCUCAACGGGCAGCACCCGGACUCCCACCACCCCGGACUGGGCCAUUCCUACAUGGAUCCCACGCAGUAUCCUCUGGCGGAGGAAGUGGAUGUACUUUUUAACAUCGACGGGCAAGGCAACCACGUCUCUCCGUAUUACAGCAACUCGGUUCGGGCGACGGUGCAGCGCUACCCGCCGGCCCAUCACGGUGAGUGCCAGGAUCCUAGCAGAUCCCGGGGAGGGCGACCGACCCGUUCUCCCCUCCUCUCGCUUGCUUGCUUUCUCUCUCUCUGCCUUCCCUCCAACAACUGCUACAUUUUGACAGCCAGCGAUGAGCCCCGGAAACUAGACAGAGAAAGCAGGCGCUCUCUCUCUCUGCUCUUUCUGCAUGCUUGGUCUUCUAAACUGCUGAUUUAAUGCAAGCCCAAAAGCCAUUAGCAACUGACAAGAGAGAGGAUCGUUUCUGGGAAAUACCAGGUCUGUGUCUCUCGCUCAGGCUCGGCCUUGUCCUGGUGGAAGAGGAUGAGCUCUGGGCCUCUUUGCAAACCAGCCACGCUCACCGCGUGGAAAGUGCUCCUUGCUGCCCCGAUCCUGUAGCAUGCUUUUAAAAAUAUUACUCGGGAAGCAAAACUCUUCCCCCCCCCUUUUUUUUUUGGUUCAACGGGAUUUUCUUCCCCAAUACGCGCGCACUGGGUUACAGGCUGCGGUCGCGCCAGCUUCCCUUGGGAUUUCCUUCCUCCCGUGUAAACGUGUCCUAAGAUGUGCUGAAUCCCCAUUAUUUGAGGAGAAACGUCCCAAUGGCCUCCGCGGAACCGGCUUGCACACGCAAAUCCGAUUUGAACUGCAACCCGGUUGCAGCCACUACUAACCUGGGAGCAAGCCCCACUAAAACUCAGCGGCGCUUCCUUCCGAGUAGACAUGGCUCGCUUUGCAGCGUCAGGCUGAAUGCCGAUGCUUGCUUGGGCGGCGGGGACUGAGGCCCACGAAACUGAGCGCGAGGCUUACUUGCGAGUAAAUGUUGGCCUAGGGACAGGUUGUAACGUUUGUGGGUUAAAAGCAGCUUGGGAACUGGGUGGUGGAUGGGGCUCAUUUGCGCAAAAAGCAGGGUCUAUCUAGUAGUCACACACUGAAGCACUUUGAAAUCCUAAUGGAUUUCCGCAGGUUUCCCACGCUUUUAAGAGGCGCCAGUCCCCUGCUCUUUUACCUAAGAGUAAAUCCACUGCACACUUGUUUCCGAGUAAACGUGUCCCUUCUGCUGGGAGGUGGGUGGGUGGCUGGGUGCAGAUCUUUGCUCUUUGAAAAUAUUUGACUAGCUUUUAGAUCCUGCCGCUAUUUUAAUCCCUCGCCUUCAUUAUUACAUCCGGAACCACGAUCUGGAGCAGACGGGCUUCAGUGUAAACAAACAAACAAACAAACAAACAGCCCAUCAACUACGUUUACUCGGACGUAAAGUGAGCUGAAGCCGACCUUACUGAGGACUUAAGACCGCAUGCAGAUAGUUUCAGAAGUUUGUCCUUAACAGAAUUUGUGGCUAGUUAGGAACCCACACGGCUCCCCCACUCAGCCGCCCCCCUGCUCACUUUGAAAGCCCCCGCGCGUGUUUUUUAAAUUAUCCCUUGGCUGUCAUUUCUAGUUUUUAAUAUUACUUGUAAUGAUGCCGCUGCAAAAGACAACAGGCUCCUUUUGACAGUGAUUAUGAAAGCACUUGGGAAAGAGAGAGAAGGGGGAAAAAAAACUCUUCCCAGUUGGGCGAUGAAAAGACAAACUUGAACCGUUCUAAACUAGAACUCUGGGAGGAAAAGAAAAAGAGAGAGAUGUAAUGACUUAGCCUCCGGGCUGAGAUGUUAGAAUUAAAAGCUGUCAGGGAAAAUAAGUGAUAUGAUUGUCUCCCUGGGACUUCGUCCCAUUAGUAUGUAUGAAUCUGUACUGAAUAUUCACAGAAGCAAUACAAUAGCACCUUGUCAGGACCUUCCAAGUCUGACAAUGUGGCCUGCCAGUUUUCGGAGUGACACAGAACGCUUCAAACGGGAUGGCAACAAAGCACAGGCAGUCAAAAGUUUCUUAAGUUUUUUUUUUAAUAUACAAAUAGAAAUAUAAAUAUAUUAAAGUAGUGAGAAGCAGUGUAAGAGCCUGUGCCUGUCUACUUAGAAGUAAGGCCUACUGAGUUUGAUGGAGCUUACUUCCAAGUCAACACUGCAGUCCGAGCCUCUUACCUAUUUCCCCAGGAGCAGGUCCCUUUAAUUUCUCAGGGAUUGCAGCCUUUAACCGUGUGCUAAACAAUCUGCUCCAAGCCAACUAAAAGUAUUUAACUUUGGGCUGGGUCCUGCUCAUUCCUGUUUGAUUUUAGCAUUCACCCUGAGGUGCUCUGUGUAGCUCCCAAACUCACCCACUUAGUUUGGUCUUUCUAAAAGGCUUAAUUUACUCUCUCUCUCUCUGUGAAAUUUUAUUCUAGAAUGAAUUUUUAAAAGGGUGAAGAAAUAAUGUAGUAGGCAGGAAUGUAUCUAUGCAGUUAAGGAGAGCAUGAUAAAUUGGUGGGUGAGGAAGAAGAAUAUUUGUGAAUAUAUAUCUCAGAUAUAUAUUCACCCCCCCCAAAAAAAUAAACCCCAAACUUUUCCAGCUGCAGAUUUAGCUCUCGCUUUUCAAGCCCUUCUCUGGUUUCCCUCGCCCAAAAAUUGGGAAAUAAAGUUGGGGGUGGUGGAAGAGAACUAAAUUUCCCCAAAUGUUUUAAAGAGCAAAAAAGGGCCUCCUCCGCCUCCGGGGAACUGAAUGAGCAAUAUUAAUCCCUGAUUAGUAAUUGCCUUGCCCCGCUGUUAGUCUUUACAAGACAUUUCAAAAUAUCGUUAACCCUUCCCCUCCGAGUUGCAAAACAAUCGCUUUGAUCUAACGUGAAUUUGAGUGACUCUGACGCCGCUUGUCCAAGAGCGUUUUCACACCUGAGGACUAAAUUGGGUUAGAAGGAAAAUCGCUCUCCAUACCCUCAGAAGAGUCUUCAUUGUUCCAAAAUACCCACGCGAUUUAAAAACGGGUCCCUUUUCAAACACACCCUCGCCCCUACCGUCCACAAUAUGCACGCACGGCAGAAUAGCUUACGAGGGCUAUUUCGUUUUUCUUGUGAAAGUUGCCUAGUUUAUCUCUUCUUGGGCAAACAGUUCCAAGCCGCCCACCCCCGCAAACUCAGAGUCAAAGAAUUUAGGGGUUUUGCUUGUUGCUGCUUCACCCUUGAUUUAAUUGGGACUGACUUCCAAAACGAACCUGGGAAGAUCGUAGUUCUGGCUGCGUAGCAGGCAGGGGCACGCCAGUGGGUUUAAAAACAAAGAUCCUAGCUUAACUUGGGUGGCUGGAGAGUGUUUGCUCCAGAACUUUGAUUUCUUCAUCCCAAAGUCUGGUUACAAAGCAAGAGUUUAGGUAGUUGUGCUUGCAAAAUCUGCAACUAUCUAUCCGCUCGGAAUCGUCUCUGUAUAUUUGAACUCUCCGAAUAAUUCACAAUAUCACUAAACAGCAACAGGAGAAAGCUGGCUUGAAAAGUUGCAGAUUCCCCCUCCGUUUACCCAUUAGAGUAGACUGCUCAACCCCCCAGUCAAUUGCAACUUGGUCAAUUAAAAUGAAAGGUAAGGUGUUUUUAGAGCCUCAACCUGAACUCAUUUUUUAAAAGAAGGAAUGAAUGCCUGUCUGAUUUUUCCUCUCUGUUGAAAAUGUCCUGGUUACAUUUACUUGCAAGGAAGUCCCAUGGAUUUAAGAGGCACCUUAACAUGUGGUUAGGAUUGGGGAGAGACCCUGUUAAAAUCCUAACUUGGGAAACUGUAGAAGUCAUUGAUUUGAAUGGGACCUUCUUGCUUUGGAAUACAUAUAAUAAGGAUGUCCUCUUUCUCUCUGUGUGAAUGCUUUAAGCUUGAGCAUGUACAUGUUUACUCAGAUGUAAGUCCCCUUGAGUUGAACAGGGCUCCUUUCAAAGGAAGUGUAAAAAGAAGAACCGCCUCAGUUUGGAUCAUUGGAUAGUUUUCUGGUUCAAAAACCAACACAGGCAGACUCAGGAAACUUUUAACCGCUACCAUGAGAAAUUCUUGUGGAAAAAGUAAAAUUUGGAGCUGUCUGACUGACAGAGGUUUCUUUUUUUGGGCGGGGGGGGGGGUGAAGAAGAAAGGAAAAGGAAAAACUUGCUUAAAUAAUUCUGCAAAAUAAUAAUAUAAUUUUUAAAAAAGACAUUUUCAGUCAAUUUUUGGCAUGUGUCGCUGAACGACAUACUGGAAAACUGCCUUUCUUGCUUCAAUCGCAAACCUAUUAAAUUGGAAUUAAUACUUCCAAGUACUUGGAUUUAGCAUGGUAAUUUGUGUGUGGGAGGGAGACUGCCACCCAGUCAGCCACAGGUUGACUUAAAAUGUUUCUCAUUGGUUUCAACAAGAUGCUAGUUGCAAUCUGAAAGCUGUAACGUCAUAUGUGUCUACUUGGGAGUAAUCCCCUUUGAGCACAAGGAGGCGACUGUGGAAACACAGGUAUUUUGUAUUUGCAAUCGUACACCAGGCCAGGUUUGCUGGUACCCAUGCAUGCUUAUCUGGGAGUCGGUCUAUGUAAUUUGGUGGGACUUACUUCUGAGUAAAUAUGCAGCAUUUUGGACUGCAUAGGGCUUUCUUGGAAAGGAGGCUGCAAGGUCCGAAACAGGAUAUUUUAAUAAUAACCAGGAAUUUUAAAAGCCCAUUUAAAAAGAUGUGCAGCGUUUGCUCUCUGAAGAUUACUCCACUUUCACUCCCAAGUAUGGCACAGGUUUGAAACUUGAUUUCUGUGAAGUGCAGGCAUGAUCCUAAACACAUUUCCUCAAAUGUAAACCCCCCUGAAGUCCAUGGGGCUUGGUCCCAAGUAAAGUGUGAUAGGACGGCUGCCUUAUCCAGCAUUUACUUAGCAGGAACUAAGACUGAUUGAGCGGGGGUGUUUUACAUCCGAGUAGAUCUGCUUAGGAUCAGGUUGUUGAAGUCCCAACUCCAGUGCGUUGGGCUGAUUUUUCUAGUGAACAUGAUUUAAGCGCCCUGGGCUCCUUUUGGGGGAGAAGUGCAGGAUAUAAAUUUAAUGAUUAUAAUCAUAUACAUAAUAAAUCUAUGGGCAGGCAAAAUCAGCGCUUCAAGAGGUAAGGAGCUGAAAGAAGUCUUGCUUAAAUCUAUCCUUCUGGCCUAACUGGGUGAUUAUUCCUCCUGCCCGAUGCUGUUGCAAAGUUCCCCCUGUUAUCUUGCAAAAGGUGGGAGUCCUCGUUAUGGGUUUUUGUCAAUUUCACGUGGCCUCCUGGUUCAAGAAGCCGUGCAGGAUUGAUUGGGGAAGGCCCAUUAGCAGGGAUUGAUUUGUCCAAGGGGGGUGAGUGGGGAACAUUGCGAAGAGAGAGAAGGAAAUCUGAAUGGGAUCAUUCACCAACAAGGAAUGAUUGUUCUCAGUUACACUUUAUCUUAGAGUCCGUGUGAGAGUGUAAACACCGAAUUGGGGCCUGUGCGCGUGUUCACAGGCAACUUAGCUCCUGGUACAUUUUAUCCAUGUUCGUGACAUUCUUCUAGAGAAGCAUGCGUAAGACUAUUGUCUUCUCACCUUCUUAAGAAGCACACAAACACGCAGGUAAACGGAAGGAAGGGCCCUUUCACAUGGUACAAACUCUGCCAUGUUACCUACUCCUGUGGUCCUGGGCUUUCUGACCCAGCAGGGCUGCCAACUGAUCAGAAAGGAAGUGAGCUGGCUUCCUCUUCUGCCUGGAGCAGAAGGCAGCCCGACACAGUAGGGAGAUACGACAGCAUUCUCACCUGUUAAUGCUUGUGCAACAAAAGCCUGCUGUUAAAGGCAUAGCUACAGUGUCCAGUCGAAAAGUUGGCCGCAUUACUGAGGAGGGCAUCUUUAAGGUCCUUUUCUUACACUGCUACAUUUUAGGCAUACACUUAAAAAAAUGUCAGGUGUGAAUAAAUCAUUAAACACCAUUGAAACUUCCACUGAACUAAACCCCAGAAUUUUAAGGGGUUGGACUAGAUGACCCGAGGGUCCCUUUCAACUCUACAAUUUUACGAUUCUAUUAUCAACUUGUAUUUAAGAUACAGAGGUGAAUGUGUUGUGUGUUCAUGCCUAGCCUAAGCAUUUUUUACUUGGAAGUAUUUUAAGCUCCACAGUAAUCAGUGUAAUGUGCUUUCCUGUCGAUGUUUAGCCUUAGGAUUUAAGUGGGGCUUAGGGUCAGAAACCUACACCCCCCCCCAAGCCUGAAGAUGUAGAUGUUAGUCCCAUUUAUUCCAAAAAGUUGUACUUCCAACUCUUGAAUUUGAGAUCUGAGUGUUGGAGAGUUUUGUCUUUGGGCCUGACCUAAUCCAACACACAUUUCCAUGAAAAACAAUUACCACUUUGUUGAAUUUGAUUUCAAUUUACACACCAUCAUAAAAUCAGGAAUGGAUGAUAAAUCAACCAGUUUGAAAUGAAACUGUCUUCUACGUAGAUGUCUGUUUCCUUUCCAAAUAACAACCUCAUCUUGAAACAUAUUUACUCUAACACACCUGCCUCUAUUCUGUUUGUUGACUACAACUGAGAAUUUGCUUCCAAGUAAGUAGAUAAUUUUUAAAACAUGGAGAGGGGGAGGAAAACCUCAGACUGCUUUUUUAAAAAAUAAAAUAAAAUCAAGUAUUAGGUUUAUGUAAAUUUCCCACUGUAUUUUCAAUAAUAUCAACAAAAUAUUCUUAAGGCAAAAGAUCUGGUAUCUGGACCUAUUAGAUUGUUGUUGGAAUAUGGUUUGCAACUUGAAUGCAUCAAUUUUAUGGAGCAAUUCAAACUUUUGCCUCUUGUUUUCUCCCUUCUCUGCUGCUGUCUUUCGCUUCAGUACUGGGGUAACACUCCCUCUGGGAUUAUGUCGUGUGUGAACCUAUUUAUGAGAACUAAGGAAGUUCAGGCCUGGGGAGGGAGGGCAAACGCAGCUCUCUAGAUCUCUCUAAACCUCUGUUGAGCUCUCCCCAGCCCAUAUCCCUCACUGGUCCUUACCAGCACCACUUCUGACUCUCCAUGAAUGCUUUUGACUGCAUGGAAUGUGGCUCUGAACUCUUGAGAAUGCCCUUUUGAGCCUGGAUGGAGAGAUGUGUCUGUGUCUCAAAACCUCUGGCUUUUGCAUGGCGUAUUGGACAAAGGCUCUAUCCUCUGUAGCCUCGUCCACCAGUGUCAUGUGGCCCUCAGAAGUUUGUAUUAUGAGGGAAUGUGGCCCUUCAGUGAAAAAAUGUUCCCCUCAACCACUAAACACUGAGAGAGAUUAUUUAGCGUUCCCCACAGUGAUGUGGGGAAAGGUAGAGGAGCGUCUAUGGAAAUCCACUGGUCCCACUGGCUAAUUUUAGCAACAUUAUAGCCUUCUAAAAAUAACAGCCGAAGGGGUUGAGUGCGAACACAGCACAGGACCCAAAUGGGUUCUACUCAGAGAAGACCCACUCAGAUUAAUAGACUUAAGUUAGUCACGUUCAUUGAUAUUGACGGGCCUAUUCUGAGCAUGAGUCAUGCUGGAGACAAGACACAAUCCCCCAUCACAUUUGCUCCAAAGUAGUCUAUCGGAGACCGCCCUGGAGAGAGGCGGCAAUUUGAUGCACACUUAAUUUGUUAAACUUGUUGGAACUUACUUCUGAGUAGCCCUGUCCUGAAUUGCAGUGUCAGUUGGGUCGGUACCAUCACCAUUCCUCUCCACUUUUGAUCUCAGACUUCUAUCCUGAGCAGGGCUAUCCCAGCUAUAGAGGCAAAAGAGACAUUUGCCCAAGGUAGGACAGCAGGAUUUCCACGGCUCCUGCUAAGUAAAUGCCACCUCCUCUGAACUGGCAGGACGCAGAAGCUUUCAAGAGCUUGGGUGUGAUUAGACUUGCGCUCAAAGCGUUGGCAUUUGGGUUUGAGAAGGUGGGUGGCAACGCUUCUGUUUUGCACAUGGUAGCCAACGCUUCCUCCCUGCAAACCUCAAAUCUCGAAUCGAUUGAGGGAUUUCCGUUUUGGGUUGCCAGCAGAUCUGUACUCAAGGCAUUCCUUGACUGGAGCCCUGGGAGAGCACCCCUUUUGCAUGCAGAAGGUCCCAGAUUCAGUUCCUAGCAUUGGCAGCCAGUCCUGGGAAUAUCCGUAGUCUGAAAUCCUGGAGAGCCGCUGCCUAUGGAAAAUACUGAGCUAACAUUAACAUCAUCAUCAUCAUCAUCAACAACAACAAUUAUUUAUUAUUUGUACCCCGCCCAUCUGGCUGGGUUUCCCCAGCCACUCUGGGCGGCUUCCAACAAAGACCAAAAAUACACUAAAAUGUCACACAUUAAAAACUUCCCUGAACAGGGCUGCCUUCAGAUGUCUUCUGAAUGUCAGGUAGUUGUUUAUCUCUUUGACAUCUGAUGGGAGGGUGUUCCACAGGGUGGGCGCCACUGCCGAGAAGGCCCUCUGCCUGGUUCCCUGUAACUUUGCUUCUUGCAAUGAGGGAACCACCGGAAGGCCCUCGGCGCUGGACCUCAGCAUCCGGGCAGAACGAUGGGGUGAACGAUGGGGUGGAGACGCUCCUUCAGGUAUACUGGGCCGAGGCUUUAAAGGUCAGCACCAACACUUUGAAUUGUGCUCGGAAACGUACUGGGAGCCAAACUAGGUCUUUCAAGACAGGUGUUACGUGGUCUUGGCGGCCACCCCCAGUCACCAGUCUAGCUGCCGCAUUCUGGAUUAGUUGUAGUUUCCGGGUCACCUUCAAAGGUAGCCCCACGUAGAGCGUAGUGCAGUAGUCGAAGCGGGAGAUAAUCAGAGCAUGCACCACUCUGGCGAGACAGUCUGCGGGCAGAUAGGGUCUCAGCCCGUGUAUCAGAUGGAGCUGGUAGACAGCCGCCCUGGAUACAGAAUGGACCUGCGCCUCCAUGGACAGCUGUGAGUCCAAAAUGACUCCCAGCUAGAUGGACUAUUGGCCCAACUCUGUUGCAACUGAGCCCAUCUGACUCACAGGUCCCUAAGCUGUCCCAUCACCCUACCUCCUUUGGGGAGACGUUGGCUAAUGGGGAUCUGCUUUUGUCUUUCUGUCCUAGCAGGUGGCCAGGUGUGCCGUCCGCCAUUGCUGCAUGGUUCUCUCCCUUGGCUGGAUGGGAGCAAGGCUUUGGGAAGCCACCACAGCACCGCCCCAUGGAACCUCAGCCCCUUCUCCAAGACCCCCAUCCACCACAGCUCGCCUGGACCUCUCUCCGUCUACCCUCCGGCAUCCUCCUCCACUUUGUCUGCGGGCCACUCCAGCCCACACCUCUUCACCUUCCCGCCGACCCCUCCCAAAGAUGUCUCCCCGGACCCCUCCAUCUCCACCCCAGGCUCCACUGGGUCCAGCCGGCAAGAGGAAAAAGAGUGCAUUAAGUACCAGGUGUCUCUGGCUGAAACCAUGAAGCUGGAGUCUUCUCAUUCCCGAAGCAGCAUGGCCUCAUUAGGAGGGGCCUCUUCCUCAGCUCAUCACCCCAUCUCCACUUACCCUUCCUAUGUCCCUGAAUACGGCUCUGGACUUUUCCCUCCCAGCAGCCUGCUGGGGGGAUCGCCGACCGGUUUCGGGUGCAAAUCCAGACCAAAAGCACGUUCCAGCACAGGUAGGGUCCUUGACGGAUUCUUAAAAUGCUUCUGUUUCAGGUUCAGGAAAGACUUUUCUUAAUUAAAAAAUGAGCACAGGUUAAGGACUGGGAGGAAUAAUCAUAUGGGAAGAAGGGGGGUUGUAUGGGUUUUCAGCUGCAAAUUCAGACCAAAGAGCUUCCAGUGCAGGAAAGGUGCUAAAUGGAUGACCAGUUAGAAGCCAACUCUUGUUUUAUUUUUAAAAAGAAGCCGAGGAUCGUUAUAAGCAGAAAGCAAACUCUGGCAAUGCAAAGGUCAACAAAGGGAUCAAGCAGAUACCACAGAACCUUUCUUCCUAAAACACUGUUGCAUUCCGCAACAGUUGCAAUAUUUUGCUCUUCCUUGAGAAAGAUCAGAACAAGCUAAGGUGACUUUCCUUCUGGUCUCCCAGUCAGGGCUUGACCAAAGGUGGGGUGGGUUAGCUUUAACAAUGUGACAAGAGCCCCAGGUUCUCCCAGGCUACUCACUAUUCACUCUGUCCAUUUGCACAUGAGAAACUCAAUUGAUUUUUAAUGGGGAUCAUUUACCAGAAGAGGGAAUCUUGAACGUGAUUCCAGGAAACUCAGCGGGCCAACUAAUUUUUGAUAUUUGCAGGGCUUAUGCACUUUCUCCGUUUUAUACACAGAGAUAUUUGAUUUUAUAUCGGUUCCUCUGGCAUUUAGAGAGACAAUUCUCUUUGGCUAGGGAUCCCAAUUUCACCGUUUGCAAAAUGGUUAAACCAAACUAUGCUGGUUUAACUACAUUAUGUCAAUUUCGACUUCCUUUUCUUCCCCCAGUUGUUAUUUUUUCUGAAUAUAAAGUGGAUUGGAUUCUCCCCCUCCCACAGCAAAGGGCCGUUAACGCUUACUGUAAUGUAGGUCCUAUUGAUUUCAAUAGAACUUACUUCCGAGUAAGUGCACUUGGAAUCCUUGCUGAAAUUGAUUGAAAUGCCAGUUUUCUUGGCUUGACAUGAGUUGCCCCAGAUUUUAUAAACCCUAUUUUGAGCAUGUUUGUUUAGGGAGCUGGUGAAGCAAACUUUGUUGAUUUUGACGAAAUGUUCGUCUGAGACAAAGUUCUUACAAUUGCAUUGCUCUGGAGUUGCAUGAAAUUAAUUGGAUCCAUGUCUGAAUAAACAUGUUGGAUAGGUGAUUCAGCUUUCUCCUUAUUAUCACAUGUGCUAAACCUCACUCACUUAUACCACCCCACUCCUAGGUUCAGAAAGAUUUGUACAAGGUGGUAGUGAUUAAAAAUGUUUUCCAUACUCUACAGGUCAGUCCUUUCCCUUCCUUUUUGAUUUUUGCCUCGUGGGAGAGAGGAGCAAAGAGUUGAAUCAGAUCUAAGCUGAAACAUCACUUCCAGCCCCACACAUUCAACAAGUGGGGCAGUCCUGAUGUUCAUGGGAGGGGGCUAAUCCCAAAUUCUCUAGAGCCAAAUAUAGCAUAGGACCAGGGGUCAGCAAACUUUUUCAGCAGGGGGCCGGUCCACUGUCCCUCAGACCUUGUGGGAGGCUGGACUAUAUUUUGGGGAAAAAAUAUGAAUGAAUUCCUAUGCCCCACAAAUAACCCAGAGAUGCGUUUUAAAUAAAAGCACACAUUCUGCUCAUGUAAAAACACCAGGCAGGCCCCACAAAUUACCCAGAGAUGCAUUUAAAAUAAAAGGACACAUUCUACUCAUGUAAAAACACGCUGAUUCCCGGACCAUCUGUAGGCUGGAUUUAGAAGGCAAUUGGACCGGAUCCGGCCCCUGGGCCUUUAGUUUGCCUACCCAUGGCAUAGGACAUCACCCCACUCUGAUGGGUGAUUAAGGAUCAAUGCACCCAUUUAAUGCAGAGAUUUCACUCCUAUCUAAUGGACUCCAUUUUCACACCUCCACAAAUGGCUGUUCAGCCACAUAUACACACUUUUUGGCUGGGCGUUCCUGCGCUGUGAACAUUCAGUGAAACAGAGAUGACAGUGAAACUUGAGAGAGAGAAUGUGGAAUAGAUACCGAGGAUGGGGAACUUUGAGAUGUUGUUAGACUACAACUCCCAUUAUCCUUGACCAUUGGGUAUGGUGGCUGGGGCUGACGGGAGCUGGAGUUCAGCAACAUCUGGCAAGCCACAAGUUUCCCAUCCUUGUUACAUUCAAUAUGCUUGCCAACUUUUUAGCUUGGCUCGGUAGCUGACCCCUUUUAGCUGCAGUAGACAUUAGGAGAGGCUCACGUUUAUCCACUAUUGUGAAUGGUUUUAACUGGUUGGCAAAGGCACAAGAGCAAACCAGGCCAGUGUAUUUUUCCAGUCAGUUGGCAAUCUGUAAGAGUCUGAUUAUGCAUUUGUCCAGCAGCCCUAAUCCACUUACGGAUUAAAACAGCAAUUGCUUUGGCUGUUUUAGCUGAAAUUGACACACCAGGUGGAACUUUGACACAUGAUUCUAAGCCAUGGUUUAAGCCAUGGAUGAACAAACCAUAGGUUAACUUAUUUUAUUUAUUUAUUAGAUUUAUAUACGAACCUUUCACCAAAAGAUCUCAGGGCGGUUCACACGAUAAAAACAUGAUAUAAAAGCACAAAUAAACCAUGAGUUCUCCCCACAAACAAACCAUGGCUUGCUUCUUCAAAGUUUGUUUUGUUUUCCAGCUGCUGCUCCUGCCUCAUGCCUUUGCAGUGUGGUGAGAGUGGGGGAGAUAAAACAAACCGAAGUUAAGGAAGGCUAGUGGUUUUACAUGGAAUCCACCAUGGUUCAAAAGCCUACAAUAAACCAUGGCCUCAGAUUGUGGUUUCUUACCAGUAAACAAACCAUGGUUAAGCUGCUGAGCAGGAUUCACGUGUAACGCUAAGACAUGGUUUAAUAAACCGUAAAUUAACAAACUCCCAUUUAGCAUAUGUGUAAACCAGGCAGUUCGCUUUUCCUCUGCUGUUUUUCCCCCAAGGACUCUUUUCUUUGUAAGCAGACACGCAAAACCAGAAUGCACGAUUCAUUCAUUCCUCUUGCUCCUGUGUAAGCCUCAUUCCCAACCUGCUUGCUAAACUUAGAAACUCAUUUUAAUUCACUUGAAGCUACCUGCUGCUAAUUUGAACAUUUCUGGAAAGCUGGUUUUUACAUGCACAGAGAGAGAAUGUGUGUGUGUGUGUGUGUGUGUGUGUGUGUGUGUGGUGUUGUUGGGGGACCACAAAAACCUAAUGUGUUCCGGAAAUGUUAUUUAUUGGUUCAGUGACUUCCUUAUGCAGAGAAAAAAACUGGAUAGGCCUGUGUUCACUUUCCCCACUCAAAAGUCUCUCUCUGCACUUCCCCCAAUUCUUUUCCCAGAUCCCAGGAGCGAGUUUAUUUUAAGUUGGUUUCUUUUUUUUCUUUCUGUUGGGGGUGGGAGGGGGAGAAGGGGAACUACCUAAGAAAAGAGGGAAGUUUUGUUUAGACUGCCUGAUCUGGGUCUGUCUCCAAAAUAUUUCAUAAUCCAUAGGCUAUAUAGUGAAAGAAAGCAAAUUCGCCCAGGGAGGCAGUAGUGCUCAGCACAAUUUAUAGAAAGUGUAUUUUAGCAGGCCUUUGGGACUUGCUUGCAAGUAAAUGGCCAUGAUCCACAGCAGAAUUAUAUGCAGUUUUUUUUUGGUGCAGUCCUGAGCAUCCUUGUUCAGGAGUCAGUUACUCUUUAAUAAGUGUGAGUGAGACCUCAGCUUCAAGUCUGUUGAUUUUUGUGUGGACAUCCUUACGUUGUGCUGUGUUCAGAAUCCAGGCCUGCCAACUUUUUAACCACCCUCUGCCAUUGUGGUUUCCACAAGAAGCUUGGAUCUGCAGCUGCUGGCUGAUCACCAUGUUUAUCUCCCUGCUGUGAAAAGCUAGACCAGUAGAUCAAGCUGCUGUUAAGUGCAGAAGAGCAGGACACUUGGCAACACUAACUUCUGUUUUGUGAUUCCUCCCCUGCCCUCCAUCUUUGUACUAAAAUCUUGGAAAUAUGCACCAAAAUCAGUGGGGCUGGUCUCGGAAUGAAUGCCUUUAGGUUCCAGGCAGUUUGCAUAUUAAACAAAGAUCAAAAUAAGUCGCUCCCUCACCUUUCCCCUAUUCCUCCCCCCACGUUCUUCCUUUCCUCAUUGAGACUCCUGCAAGUAGAUGUUGUCCAGUGUGAGUCAGAUCAGUUUUCAGGGUUUUUCCAGGGUGACAUUUACUCUGACUGUCUGAGCAGGGACUGUCUCUAUUUAGCUGAUAUGUUUUAGCUAAUCCAAUUAUUUUCAGACGGCUGCACGCGACAGUUACAUUGUUUAUCCAGCGCCAGGAACUUUAAUAGAGUCCGGAUGCGGUUAACAGUGACAAAAAGAAAGAAAGAAGUAAAUGCAGAACUGCCUCUUUCUGUAUAUGCAAGCAGACUGGGUGUGUGUUUGUAUGAGAGAGAGAAAGAAAGAAAGAAAUAAAGAAAGAAAGAAAGAAAGCAGAAGAGAAUGAAAACUCAGAUCUCCUGCCUUUCCGACUUCUAGUAGCAGACCUCUGCACCUUUAACAACUGCCAUGUCAGGCAGAAAAGGGAGAGAAGAGGCUUUCUCCACUGCUACUACAAUCACAGCCAUCAUGGGUAGACUCGCAGAACUGUAGCGUUGGAAGGGACCACCAUGAUCAUCUAGUCCAACCCCCUGCAGCGCAGGAGUCUUUUGCCCGACGUGGGGCUCAAACCCACGAUGCCAAGGUUAAGAGUCGCAUGCUCUACCAACUGAGCUAUCCAUGUCAUCGUGGUCCAGGGCAGGGCCACAGAGCACCUGCUUUGCUUGCAGAAGACUCCAGGUUCAAUCCCUGGCAGGUAGGGCUGGGAGCAUCCUGCCUCCUUGAAAUCCCUGGAGAGCUGAUCAGUGUAGAAGCCAUUGUGCUGGAUGAGCUGACGGUCUGAUCCAGUAUAAGACAGCUGCCUUUCUGGGGUUAUUAUGGGUAAGGGCCAUAGUUCAGGGGUAGAGCAUGCUGAAGGUCCCAUGUAAGGCUUGAGAGCCACUGCCAUUUAGUGCAGGUAAUACUGAGGCAGCUUCUUAUGCUCCUGUGUCCCAUGGAUGAUGUUUCCAGGGCCUACUGAGCUGAGAUCCUGGGUGUAAUUUCUAACCCACCCUCUUCUAGUCCUUUGGAGACCAGUGAGAAGGUGGGCGAAGGACCACAGGAGUUAGAACGGUCUGCUCUCCCUGUUGUGUUGUACUGAGUGUGCAGGGAAUGUGCAGGCUGCAUGUGAUGGGUUGAGAUGGCUCCCUUUUUUAUCUUCUCUUUUUUGCCCAGGGACCCACACAGACACGGAGUGGCCUUGGCUGUGAGUCUCCAGUGCUGAACACACUUGGAAAGUAGUGCUAUGGGAACCAGUGGAAUUUUUUGCCAAGUGGAAGGGUUUAAGAUCAGGGUGCUUUGGAUGCUACAAAUGAGGUGUGUGUGUAUGUGUGUUGGCUUCCCAUUGGCUAUUGUUGUAGACUACCCAGGUCUUUUGCUUGCUCCACUGGGUCUUCUUAGGUCCUUGGUGAUGGACAAGAAAGAUGGUCUUCUUCUUCUUCUUCUUCUUCUUCUUCUUCUUCUUCUUCUUCUUCUUCUUCGUCUUCGUCUUCGUCUUCGUCUUCGUCUUCCUCUCUCUGCCUAGGGAAGGCCUGUAACUCCAUGGCAGAGCAUCCAGGUUGCAUGUGAAGGGUCCCAGGUUUGAAUUCUUAGCAUCAUCUCCAGGUAGGGCUAGGAAUGUCCCCUAUCCAAGACCCCACCAAGCCACUGCCACUCAGUGUGGACCAUACUGUGCUAGAUGGACUCAAGGCAACUUCCUCUGUUUCCGUGCAGAAGGAUGCUAAGAUAUAUGGAACUGCCUUAUUAUUCCGUAUUAUAUCACUGGUCCAUCUAGCCACCAAACUGCCCACUGAGCAGGCUGAAGGUAGGUUUACAUCUGCAGAGCCAGCUCCGAGUUUGAGUGGGGGCUCAUCCUAUAUCGGUGGGCUUGCUUCAGUCUGGUGGUGGCGGCAGCAGCAAACAGCUCUGUCUGGGAGCCACGGCUGAAGUUUCCCACAAUGCCUCUGAUGUAGCAAUAGCUUCUUCUUUUUUGAUGAUGUUAGGAAAGGGUCUUAGCUCAGUAGCAGAGUGGUUACCUUGCAUGAAGGAGGUUCAGUCCUAGGCAUCUCCAGGUAGGGCUUGGAGGGACAAUUGUCUGAAAUCCUGGAGAGAUAGGUCAGUGCUAGUCAGUGCGGAAAAUAGAAUAAUAGAAUUGUAGAGUUGGAAGGGUCCAUGAGGACCAUCUAGUCCAACCCCCUGCAAGGCAGGAAUUCUUUUGCCCAAUGUGAGACUUGAACCCACAACCCUGAGAUUAAAAAUUUCAUGCUCUACCGACUGAGCUAUCCCAGGAGGAGGGCAAAUACUGAGCAAGAUGAACCAAUGGUCUGACUCUGUGCAGGGCACCUUCCUGUGUCCCUAUGUUCUGUCCAUCUGUGUCUGAAAAAGCAGGUAGAAAUGGCAAGGAGGAACAAAAGCAGGGUGAGGAGGUCAAUAUUAGCUUCCCCCACCUGUGCAAAGGGCCUUGGCAGAAAGGACUGUGAGCUAAGUCUGGGGACUGCAAACAGAUUCCCAAGCUGAGAAUGAGCUCUGGGGCACCCAAUUCCUUAAAUUUAAGUGUGUGUCUUUGCACCUGCCUCUGAUUCAUGGACCUUGGCACUCUAGCGUAAGACACAAAGUAGGUCUUUCAGGUCUUCCCACUCUCAAAAUCUCCAGUCCUGCUCCUGGAGAUAUUUUCACCUUAGAGGGCAGCAGGGCUGAAUCUUGUUGAGGUCGCCAACUUUCUCCUUAGUUGGGAUUCCUGUGUUUUGAACGCGCAGGCACUUAGCAGCUGAAACUUUUCUGGGCAGUGAGCUAGGGAAGAAGCAUCUUCUGUUCAAAAAAUUAUCUGCCAUGACACCCGAUUGCUAAAAGCGCAGGAGCUCUGUCAGAAAAGAAGGUGGCAACCCUAGGCAUGCAGAGUCUGGACUGCGCCUUCUGCAAGACUUUGGAAAAAGCUUGUAGUAUGGAAUCAUACUUAUUAUUUUUUAAAGGCCUAGCUCUUUUCCGCCUUCGUUGCAAAAGUUCCCAAACAACCCGAAAGCCAGACAUAACAUUGUUGUGUUGCAGAGAGCUGGGUUGAGUUUGGAUCUCUGGCUGAGUGGAGGUGAAGGUCCAGAGAUGGGAAAGGAAGGAGGCCCAGGCGAGAUGGUGAUGGAGAGGAUCAGGAGAGGUGCCCUGCCUUUUUGGUCUCUGCUGUUGUUCUAGCUGUGUUGUGACUUUCUGGUGCUGUGUCUAACACAGACCAGGAAAAGGAACCAAAGAGGAAACUGCAAGCAGGUGACAGACACCUUUCUGGUUGCGGAUCAGACAGACUCAGAUAGGGCAGCUGGCUUCAAAUGAUUGCCUUAUCAUUGCCGGGUCUCUCUAACCGCCAUUCCUCCUAUCCUCCGACAUCAAAGAGCCCAGGGCUGCUGCUCUUCUGGGGCAAUCUGAGAACAAACGCUGACCACAUUUUGCAUUCUCGAGUGCUUCAGUUAUCGUGCGCUUUGUCUGAGUAGUGCUUACAAUAACCUUGCAAAGUGGGACCAUUGCUUAUUGAUUUACAGAAAACAUUUCUGUGCCGUCGUCUCACUAAAUAUGAAACAUAAAGCACUGUCAAAAAUAAAAAACAGGCAAACCCUGCAAAUUGUGUUCACCAGAGAAGCCAAAAUAAAAAUUAAAAAAUGGGAUGAGUGUAGGCAUUAGGCAUCAGUUUUAACUUUUAUUCAGGGAAAAAAAACAAACCAAAGGAAUGACUGCCUGUUUCUUGCUUUAGGGAAGUUCAGGAUUAGGGUGAGAUUUGAACGGGCGACUUGCUCACAGACCCAGGUCUGCGGCUGUUCCUAAGAUAAUAUACCUGAGACAGCUUGGAUGAGCGCUAAGCACCAAAUCAGUGCUAAGGCUUUUCAUGGUAGUCCGCUGCAAUAAGGGGGGAGUGGAGGGGAUUCUCAUUAAUUACAUUUGGACUCUACUUUUCUCUGUGAAGCUCAAGUUCUCAAACCUCCCCAAUUAUAUUCUCACAGCUGCCCUGUGAGGUAGGUUGGGCUGAGCGAUAAGUAGUGCUUUGGGGUCGCCCAGAGAACUUCAUGAGGAUUUAAACCUGGUUUCUCCCCUCCAGUCCUAAUCUGACUCACACUAUAAAUCAGGAAUUCUGUUGAGGGUCUGUCAGGGGCUACAUGGCUGUGGUGGGCUGGGAACCUUCUAUCUCUCUCUCCCCCCUGCCACCCCCUUCUCUAUUUCUCUCCCGCCCCUUCUGCCACACUCCUUUCUGCUUAAUUCGCUCCCACUUAAAACUAGGCCGUGUUUUCUCAGGCUACAGACUGCCCAUCCCACGCUAACUACUACACCACACUGUCUCUCAGAGGAAGCGUGAGAUGAGUUUCCCAUAUCCGGCAGCUUCCUAUAUCCAGACCUUUUGAAAGAGACAGGAUUGUUUCCCAGAAUGCACACGGGGAGCCCUACGGCACUAUUCCCGUCCUACUUGUACUCUACCAAAUUAUUUCCAUUUUACAGAGGAAGAACUGAGGCAGAGCAAGCAAGGGAGCCAGGGGUGUGGUGGCGGCGAAGCCAUCGUGAUUGGAAUGUUUGCAUUUUGGCCUCAUGGCAGUCUGUGUGGACGCGGCGUCUGCUGGCGGUUAGGCGACCUUCUGGCAUUUUAUUGGGAUGUGGAAUCUGCCAGAGGUGAUGAGUUGUGGUUCAGACUUCUGCUUUUCCCUCUGCCCUGAGUUUCCUGCUUGUGUGUUUAACAGCAGUCUGAAGCGCAGAGGUGCAAAGGAGAUGAAGCGUUUGUCGGCCUGGCGAGUGGUAGUGAAAAUUGCAAGCUCCAUGGGGUAAAACAUUUGUGUGUCAGCUUGCACAAUGGAGUCUGCUCCAUUAGAGCAGACCAGACACUGCUCUCAGUCUGCUUUCACUUUUUUGCCUCCUUCACUGCAGCCAGUUUGGGGGAGGAUGACAUUGACCAUCAGAUUCUUCCUCCUUUGUCUCCAUGUUGCCUUUGCAAAACUCAGUGAACAGGAGGAUGGGGACAAAAGUACAGUGGUAUCUCUGGUUGUGAACGGGAUCCGUUGGAGGCCCAUUCACAACGUGAAAAGCCCGCAACCUGAAGCGCCAUAUCUGCACAGGUGCAUGGUGCGAUUUGGCGCCUGUGCGCAUGCGCGAAGCGUGAUUUAGCGCUACUGCGCAUGCGUGAGCGGCGAAACCUGGAAGUAACCCUUUCUGGUACUUCUGGGUCGCCGUGGGAUGCAACCUAAAAAAAGGUAACACGAAGCAAAUGUAACAUGAGGUAUGCCUGUAGAAUCAGUUGGUUCUGCCACUCAUUGGCUCUGGUUUUAACUAGCACAGGGCCUCCUUGUCUUCUGCUUCACGAAUCCUGAUGGGAUUUGGCCUCCACUGGGGCCAAAGAAAGAAGAUGCCUAGAUGUCUGGGUAGCUAUGCACCCUACUUUACAGAGAACAAUCCUCCAUUAGAAGACAGACCUCGUUUGGAUUGAGUCCUCUGUUUUGGAAGGGCUGUCCAGUUGGUUUAAAGAGGGGGCAGCAGGAACUGCCUAUCAGCAGUUAGUACUAGGACUAGGCGAUAUCUGGUUUUCCACAUUGUGACAUAUCUAAACAUCGUGAUAUACCGAUGUAUCAUGAUGGCAGAAAUAAAGAUUGAGCUAAGUAGUGGCAUUGGCUGGUUUCACGGUUUUCAGCACAUUGUGGUUUUUGCAUAGUGCGCAGACACACACAUCACGAUUCGAGAUAUGUGGCCAGCUCAAAAAUUAUGAAACUGAUAUUGCAGCAUCCUGGAUAGCUCAGUUGGUUAGAACGUGGUGCUGAUAAUGGGUCAGCUGCAUAUUCUUGCAUUUUGGACUAGUUGAUCCUCAGGGUCGGGCCCCCCCCCACCAAUUCUGUGAUUCUGUGAUACGGAUGUCAAACUGGUUUUGCACAAUAUAUCGAUAUAUCACCCAGCCCUAGUUAGUACCUGGACAGGUGACAGACUACCUGAUCUGUGGUUCCAUUCUUACCCAACUAUCGUGAGACGCAUUGUGGUUCGAUGAUGAGUACACUUGUUGUUUGUUAAUGAGCGUCUGCACGUAUGCAAAUCUGUGUCCUGAUUUGUCUCCUGUUUUCAGUGAUGCGUUUCCUCUCCCCCCCCCCGGCAACGUGAGUGACUCCAUCUUAGCAGGCUUUUGUUGUCUGGAAUGCUGUGGAAUGGCGGUAUCCUGAAAUGAGGAGCAUCUAUUAUAUUCAGGGGUUGGGAUGGGUUUAAUUGUCUGCGGUUGGCAAGCCUUGAAAACGAGAGGUGCCUCUAAAAAUAUUCUGGUGGUUCCAAGUACAGAAAACUCAGUAGGCUGGUUCUGUUGUUGGUCAGGUGUGAGGGAUUAUAGAGCUUUGGGUGGAGAGGGUCCCCAGCAUUUCCACGUAGGGCUUGGAAGAGUUUGUGCUCUAGAACCCUGGAGAGCCACUGCUGACCUGUGUAGACAAUACUGUGCUAGAUGAGCCUAAUGGUCUUGGUUCCUUGGCCAUCCCCCUCUUCAGGGCUAUAUGCAACACCCCAUCACCAACAUAGCCUGCUAUGAUCCUGUUGCCACUGUUGAAAUAAGACUCUACUGCCUCUCCACUCUGCUUAUGUAUAUUGGGAGGUGGUGGGCAAAAUUGUUCUCAGCCUCAGGCGGCAAAAUGUGUUGGGCUGAACCCAGUUUGUUCCUUGGAACUGCAUGGCAUGGUCUGAUUUUUACUCUCAAGGAAACGGGCAUCCAUGCAUUUGUUUUGACACCUCUGUGUGCGCUAGGAAACCUCAAUGCAAGGACAACCCUCCUCUCUUUAUGCACCCAGUACUUUUCCAUUUCUGAAAAGUAGCUCUGUAGCACUCUGCAGACAGCAGUGGGGAGUUCUGCUGGAGAUAGCCAGGGAAUCUACACUUCUGUCCCUUAAGUGCAGAACUGUACAUUUGUCCCAAACAAAUUCCAGGAGGUCCUCUAACCCUCAACAUGAGGCCAAAAUGCAAACGUUCCAACCACGAUGGCUUUGCCACCGCCACACCUGUGGCUCCCUUGCUUGCUCUGCCUCAGUUAUUCCUCUGUAAAAUGGGGAUAAUUUGGUAGAGUACAAGUAGGACGGGAAUGAUGCAGCAGGGUUGACAGCAUGCAUUCUGGGAAAUCACGCUGUCUCCUUCAAAAGCCCUGGAUACAGGGAGCUACUGCAGCUUGGCUCACCUGUCCCCUCCUCUGAGAGACAGUGUGGUGUAAUGGCUCGCAUGGUGUGGACAGUCUGUAAGCCUGAGGAAACUCAGCCUAGUUUCACGUGUGAGGAAAAGAGGCAGAAAGGAGAGAGAUAGAAACUGAGAAGGGGGUGGCAGGAGAAGGGAAGAACGAAGGGGUGGCGGGAGGGGGGAGAUGGUGCCACUGCCAUUCAGCCCCUGACAGAUUCUGAUCCAGGGAGUGUGGCCCUCAACAAAAGAACAAUUCUGGACUGCUGAUUUAAGAAUGUAAGUCAGACUAGGACUGGGGGGACGACUGGGUCUAAGUGACAGCCCUUAAGAUAUUUGAAGAUGGCUCUCAGUCUCCACUUUGCCAGGCUAACCGCACACAGCUCCUUUAAACGUUCCUCGUAAGGUUUAGUUUCCAGACCCUUGAUCAACUUGGUUGCCCUCCUCUGCACACGUUCCAGCUUGUCAACAUCCUUCUGUAAUUGUGGUGCCCAGAAUUGGACACAGUAUUCCAAGUGUGGUCUGACCAAGGCAGAAUAGAGUGGGACUAUGACUUCCCUUGAUCUGGACACUAUACUUCUGUUGAGGCAGCCUAGAAUAGCUUUAGGUUUUUUUUGCUGCUGCAUCACACUGUUGACUCAUGUUAAGCUUGUGGUCCACUGAGACCCCUAGAUCCUUUUCACAUGUACUGCUAGUAAGCCAGGUGUCGCCCACCCUAUAUUUGUGCAUCUGGUCCUUCUUGCCUAUACCUUUGUCCCUAUUGAAAUUCAUUUUGUUAGCUUGUGCCUAACCUUGGAUUAGAGGGAUGGUUUUCUGAUUAGAGGAUGGUGUCUCCAGCAAAUCUGGCUCGAGAAAUCAGGUGUGGUUUUAUGAAUGGUUUCUUGGGCAGAAAGCAAAACAACUGAGGGGCUGGGGAUUCCGGGUUCAGUGACCAUCUGGCUAAGUAACUGCAGCAGUGAUCCUUCAAAACCCAGCUUCCCAAAAUUUAACCUGGGCAUAGCUGCUGUUUGUGGAAAGACAUACCUUCGUUGAACAGGUAGAUUAGUCUGUCUGGGAAUGAUGGUUUACUCAAUUGAAAGCACCCACGAAUUGACUCAUUUGGCUGAACGAGUCCUUUGCAGACAGGGGCACGUUUGUCAUAAGAGGAAACUGAAUCACCUGCUAAUAUUCAUAAGUGCUGUUAUAACUGGGUGGAGGGCAGGAUUGCAUCAAAGAAGAGGCAGAUCUAGGCUGGAUCUAAGGAGGUUGCUUUGCUUCUGUUUAUCUAGGUCAAAUAAGAGAUCAAUGUAAUAAUUAAAACAGGAUUGUUGAACAUGCAGUUCGAUUUCACUUGGAAGCAAGCCUGCCUUACCAGCUUCCUCGCCCAGAAUUUAUGUCUGCGCCUUUAAUUUCUCCAGGAUGCUCAGAUGGGAAGCAUUCAUCUACCUUCUUGCCCAUGUUUUCCCAGGCUGAGAGAGCACAGUCUUCCUCAUCCUUGCAGGGCUUCCCAAACUUGGGCUUCCCCAGCUGUUUUUGGACUACAGUUCCCAUCAUCCCUGACCACUGGUCCUGCUAGCUAGGGAUGAUGGGAGUUGUAGUCCAAAAACAGCUGGAGACUCAAGUUUGGGAAACACUGGUUAAGAACAUAAGAUGAGCCUUCUGGAUCAGGCCAGUGAUUCCUCUAGUUCAGGAUCCUGUACUCACAGUGGCCGACCAGAUGCCUUUGGGAAACCAGCAAGUUGUACACAAUAGCAGCUGUAACUGGACUUGGUGGUUCUUAGGUAGGGUGCUGUCAACUGAAAAAACAAAAACUGGCCCUAAUCCUGGGUCUUCAAGAGCAACUUCAACUUAUUCCUGCAUUGCAGGGGGUUGGACUAGAUGACCCGUGGGGUCCCUUCCAACUCUACGAUUUUAUCGUUCUGCAAACUUGCUCUGCCUGCAUUCUCAGCAUGCUGUAAAAAGCUGGUUUCUCUGGAGAUAAAGCUUUAAUUAAAAAAAAAAGGGGAUGGCAGGCCAGCCUGUUCUUAGGGGAAGGAGGAAGCAAGGUGGAUAUCCAGUUUUAUUCAUUGGGGGAUAUUAAUUAGGAAUUUUAUUUACUUGAUUACAUUUAUCCCCCUCCCCAUUUUUAUCCUCACGACAACCCUGUGAGGCAGGUUGGAUCGAGAAAAAGGAACUGGCCCCAAGUCACACAGUGAGCUUUGUGGCUGAGUGGGAAUUUGACCCGGGUUUCUCCGGGCUGAGCCUGACCCUCUGAUCACACCGGGGGUUAUUCGCACAUUACAUUCAACACGUGCGCAAUCUGCGAUGCCGCUGUCAAGGUGUGUACUCGCGUAGCUGUUCACAUGUAACACCCAACACCUGUGCAGUAUGUGUGCCUGUUUACACAAUAUACAAAUCAAGGGGUGUACAGCCCUUUGCACAAACACUUGUACCUAUGUAAAGAUACCUUGUUGUUGUUUAGUCGUUUAGUCGUGUCCAACUCUUCAUGAACCCAUGGACCAGAGCACACCUGGCACUCCUGUCUUCCACUGCCUCCCUCAGUCUGGUCAAACUCAUGCUGGUAGCUUCGAGGACACUGUCCAGCCAUCUCGUCCUCUGUCGUCCCCUCCUCCUUGUGCCCUCAAUCUUUCCCAACAUCAGGGUCUUUUCCAGGGAGUCUUCUCUUCUCAUGAGGUGGCCAAGUCUUGGAGCCUCAGCUUCAGGAUCUGUGCUUCCAGUGAGCACUCAGGGAUGAUUUCCUUCAGAAUGGAUAGGUUUGAUCUUCUUGCAGUCCAUGGGACUCCUCAAGCACCAUAAUUCAAAAGCAUCAAUUCUUUUACCUGUAUUUAAUAAGGAGUCUCUUAUUUGCAAGAGUAGAUGGAAAGGAAAAACAGCAGCUGCAUGCUUGGGAAGAGGAGGGAUGUGUUUUACCUUAUGCUUUGAUAAAUUGUCGGUGGGAAGGGAGCUAAGGGGUCUUUCAGGAGAAAGUUGAGCAGUGGCUGUGUACGCAUGUAACAAUGGUGUUAUUUCCCCCCGAUUUGGAUUGAAGUUGGCUUGGAAAAAGGAAAGAAGCUACUUCUGCACGCAUCCCAUAGUUAAACUAUGGAACUCUCUCCCCAAGGGGGAAAUGAUGGACACCAACUUGAUGGCUUGAAAGGAGGAUUAGACAAAUUAGGAGAGGGCUCUUGAUGGCUACUAGCCAGGAUGACUAUGUCUCCUUUGUUGGAGGCAGCACUGAUUCCAAGUUCCAGUUGCUGAAAACAACAGCAGGAGACAGGGCUCUUGUGCUCUGAUCCUGCAUCUGGUUGGCCACUGUGAGAACAAGAUGCUGGAUUAGAUGGGCCAUUGGCCUGAUCCAGCAGCUGGUUCUUCUUAUAUUCUUAAAAUGCAGUAUCUCAUAAGAAACAACAGGAUAGGCACAGAGCAGACCUGGACUGUGGCCGACGUCACGGGUUCACUGCUUCCCAAACCAGUCAUGAGAGUGCAUUGGAUGCGGAGUUAAAUAGCCCAUGCAAGUCAAGAGCCACAUCUGAAUCUUACCAUGCUGGUCUUAUGUACUUGGGCUUUAUGCUGGCUUGGAUUUUAAAGAUUUAUUGAGGGUUUUUAACUGUAUGAUCAUUGCUUUUGCUUCCUUUGUAUGCUAUGCCACUUGGAGGACUUGUUUACGAGCCAUUGAAGAAACAGAAAUAACUCCCCAUUUUGUGGACUGUCCACAUCAUAGCUGUCAACUUUUCCCUUUUCUUGCGAGGAAUCUUAUUUGGAAUAAGGGGAUUUCCCUUAAAGAAAGGGAAAAGUUGACAGCUAUGGUCCACAUUGCUGCAGGGCAGAGAGACUUGGUCAGGAAUGAAGGCAGGCACCUCUAAUCCUGACCUUCUUUUCCAGUGAUUAAUGAAAUUUAAUUUUUACAAUCUGACCUUUCCAAGAGCGCUUUGAUAGGCUGUGGCUGAUGUUUUGGAAGGUAGAGGAAAGAACUGGGUUAAUCUGAGUGGAUGUUGGAUCAGCCCCAUAAAUCUUUCAGUUUGACAAAGUAACAGUUCGCCCGGCCAUCCUCCAUAACACGAUCGCAAAGGGGGCAGUGGUGUGCAGUGGCUAGUGCAUCUGAAUGGGAUGGAGGUGUCCCGGGUUCAGAUCUAUGCACUCAGCCAUAAAGCACCCUGGGAGACUUUGGGCUUGCCGCUGCCUUGCAACAUUACCGGCUUUGCAGGGUUGUUGUGCGAGGGUGGUGAAUGCUGCCUCGAAGGAAAGGCAGGUUAGAAAUGAAAUAACUCCUAGGACCCAGAAUAAGUUCACACAGGAGAUGUAAUAACUUUUGGUGUGGCUACCAAACACAUCUGAGCCAUACAAGGAGUGCAAUAAACAGCUACAUUGCUGCAUCACUGGUUAGUCCAGGCCUCCCCAGCUGGUGACUUCCAGAUGUUUUGGACCAUUAAUUUAAUUUAAUUAAUUUUUUGGGGGAAUAUUUAUAUCCUACCCUUUGCACAAGCCGCAAGACGGUUUAAAACAAAAUCAGAUGCGAUACAGAGAAUCCCUAAAACAAUGCAGUCCUUUUUAACACCACCAUAGCUCACAAGAAAUCAUUAAAUAGCAAUUACCAUUAGAAGAAGCUGAGCAAUCCAUUUGCCUAAUCAUCUCUCUCCUUCCCCAAACAUCUGCUGGAAAAGGUGCAGCUGCUGAAAACCAUAGAGAGGGGGUCAGAGGUGCCUCAAUACAGAGUCCUACAUGUUAGGAGCCACCACCGAAAAGGCCCUUCUCAUAUCAGCCCCAGCUAGUAUGGCCCAAUGGCCAAGAAUGAUGGGAAUUGUAGUCUAAAUCACCUGGAAAGUAUCAGGCUGAGGAAGGCUGGGUUUGUCCUUCCACAAGCAAGGCAAAAUGGGGGUCUUUGAUGAUGAGCAGCUGGCUUUGCUUGCUGGCAUAUUAUUUGCUAUAUUUUGCCGUAGCAAGAGUGCUGCAGACCUGGGCUGCUUUGAAGAGGUCCUGGAAGAGAAGGGGGGGGGGGAGAAAGAAAAAUGAGUUUGGAUGAAGGAUAGAAAGAGAGUUGGCUGUAGCCGCAAUGUUUUUCUUCUGUGGUGGAAGAGACAUGUGCUGAACAGAGAAUGAGCCUUCCUAUUUCAAGGACAAAUUGCAAGUCGAAUUUGAGCAUGCUGUUUAUGGAUCUGCCCUGCAAAUCCUAUACAGUAUAUAGGCGAGCGACUUCACAAACUACGUAAUUAGCUUUCUGAAUUUGCUGGCGCAGGAUGUGUCGAUGGCUAGAAGCAUAAAUGGCUUUGAAAAAUGAGAGAGAGAGAGAGAGAGAGAGAGAGAGAGUGUGUCACAGAGGAAAUGGAACCUCCUUGGAUAUUGGUUGUAAUCUCCGAAGGGGGAUCCUCCAUAGAUUGUGGCAGAAUAUUUACAAAUUGAUGCCGGAGAUAAACACCAGUGCCUUCAUUUCUUGCUGAUAUGCCUCUGUUUGUUUGGAAAUGGUCCAGCUAGAUGGAGCACAUUCUAACUUUCCAUUUCAAGGUAUCAUUUUCCGCAUGUAUCUCUCUCAGCUGCAAGUUGUCUUCACAGCAUUGCGGAGAACCAUUUCUUAACUCUGCACCGGCGCAAAGUCCACCAUCCAGAAUAUUUGGGGAUUAGCCCUGCAUGCUCAGUUGGGUUUUUGCCUUGCCCUUCCCUCGACAGCCGCCCUCUCCACCCAAGGCUGUUGAGAAAACCGCUUUGACAUUUGGAGUGGUUUCAGAUGGCGGCGUACAGCAUGAGAGAAACACACGUAACUACAACAUAACAACGUAGUCGUCACCGGUAAAUAAAAGAUUAAAAGAGAUGCAACCAAAUGGAACAAUUUCCAUGUACAGUACAUCACAACAAGAUCUGAAAUGCAGAUACAAAACCCCAACAUCAACAACACACUGCCCAACAAUAAAUGAAGAUACACACAGGAAGGUGAUGGACAUUCGAUGAAGGGACCUUCAUGAGAGGCAGGCUAGAGGAGCUUCCUCAGGGUGUGAGGCUGAGGGAAGACUGGGAAACUCCCAGGUGAUUGCUGGGAGGGUUCACUCUUCUGGGUGUGGAAUAAGGAUUAAGAUAUAAUUGUGAUAGAGGGCUUGGUAUUAUAUACACACAUACAGUUGUGCCUUGGUUCUCGGAUGCCUUGCGACUCAAACGUUUUGGCUCCCAAACGCUGCAAACCCGGAAGUAAGUGUUCCAGUUUGCGAACGUUUUUUGGAAGCCGAACGUCCGACACGGCUUCUGAUUGAGUGCAGGAAGCUCCUGCAGCCAAUUGGAAGCUGCGCCUUGGUUUGCGAAUGUUUUCAGAAGUCGAACGGACUUCUGGAACAGAUUCCGUUUGAGAACCAAGGUAUGGCUCCCCCUUUUUUCUUUUUUCCUUCUUCCUUUCGUUUCCUCUUGGUUUGUUUCUUUUCUCUCUCCUUUAGAUUACAGUGGUGCCCCGCAAGACGAAUGCCUCGCAAGACGAAAAAUGCGCAAGACGAAAGAGUUUUCCGUUUUUUGAGUCGUUUCGCAAGACGAAUUUCCCUAUGGGCUUGCUUCGCAAGACGAAACGUCUUGCGAGUUCUUGCGAGUUUGUUUCCUUUUUCUUAAAGCCGCUAAGCCGCUAAGCCGUUAAUAGCCGCUAAUAGCUGUGCUUCGCAAGACGAAAAAACCGCAAGACGAAGAGACUCGCGGAACGGAUUAAUUUCGUCUUGCGAGGCACCACUGUACUUCGGUUUUUAUUGUAUUUUAUGUUGGAAAAAAUCUCACCAAACCCCCACCCCCAAUGAAGCCCCCAAAUAGCACCCCAGUGUCCAAUGAGGGGUGGGAGGGGGAGAAGCAGUACACGGCUUGGAGUGGAUGGGUUGGUGUCGUCACUGCAUCCUCAUCCAAGGCAGAUGUGAGGUGCUGCUGACAGCAGAGAUGGCUCCACCAAUGUCCUACUUCAGGUGAUUCACCUGAGCAGCAGGGCUUAACAAGGGACCCACGUGAAUCCCAGUCUGAUGGCUAUAACACCCCCCUCAUCCCCAGCCAACAUGGCCAAUGCUCAGAGAUGAUGUGAGAUGUAGUCUUGACAGUUUUGGGGGACCCACGUUCGGGGAGGCGGCUUUCAUUUCUCACGGAUGAGAGUGGAGUAGCUGGACUUCUUUUCCCAUUGGACUCGACACAAGCUCUGCUUUCGAACUUGGGACGUUAUAAGCAACGUUGCUUCUUCUUCUUCUUUGGCGAUCCCUCGUAGCCGAGUAAGAUUGUCUUCCAUAAUCACGGUUUGAACAGUGAGCCCAUAAGUGACUGUGGAGGCCAAUUCUGGAUCCACACGUCCUUCCACAGUGAAGACAUAGGUUUCCAGUUGGGAGUUGAUCACGGUGAGGGUUUGCCAAACUUGCCUUCCUCUUAGCUUGUUUCUCCCUUUCGUCUUGAGUUUGAGAGUCUUCAAAGCCCAUGAUACCUUUAGUAAAGGCUGUUCUCCAACUGGAGCGCUCACAGGCCAAUGUUUCCCAGUUGUCAGUGUUUAUACUACAUUUUUAAAGAUUUGCCUUGAGAGUCUUUAAGCCUCUUUUGUCGAACAUGAGCAUUACGCUUUCCUUGCAGGAUGGUUUUUCCACAUUAGAAGUAAAAUAUCUGUUGCCUUGGGGACAACAGUAGGAGAGGGCUAUUGUCCCCAUGCCCUACUUGUGGGCCUCCUGAAAGCAUCUAAUUGGCUACUGCAGGGAAGAAGAUGCUGGGUGAGGCAAGCCUUUGGUCUGAUCCAGCUCUUCUCAUGUUCUGCAGUUCAUCCAAUGUAUGAUUGUCAACUGCUGCAGAUUCAAAACUAAUAGACAGUGUUGACCAGUGUUUAUUUCAUUUCUUUUUUAAAAAAGUUCUAGGGCCUUAGAUCUUUUAAUCUCUUUCUUUGUUUGCUAUGGACAGUUUAUUUCAGGAGUUUGCUUGCAGUUACUGAAUAUUGCACACACUCAAAUAAUAUUUCACCUAUUCUGAAAUCUUCGCAUUUUGAUUUCUCAUAUUGCAAGACUCAGCAGUGACAUUUAAAAUUGCUCUAGUGCAAGUCAGACACUGUUAUAGAUUCUGUCUACCAGCCUAGGAACUUCCAUCCCUAGUUGCAAUCCUAAGCACCAUUGAAUAGUGUGGGAUUUACUUCUGAGUAAACAUGCAUAGCAUUGUGCUGCGAUUCAUAGAAUAAUAGAAUUAUAAAGGGAUCCCAAGGGUCAUCUAGUCCACCCCAUGCAAUGUAGGAAUGUCAGUCAAAGCAUCCAUGACAGAAGGCCAUCCAACCUCCAAGGAAGAAGAGUCUACAACCUUCUGAGGGAGUCUGUUCCACCGUUGAGCAGCUCUUACUGCCGGAAAGUUCUUCUAGAGCAGUGGUUCUCAAACUUGGGUCCCCAGAUGUUUUGGGACUACAACUCCCAUAAUCCCUAGCUCACAUGACCAGUGGUCAGGGAUGAUGGGAGUUGUACGCCAAAAACAUCUGGGGACCCAAGGUUGAGAAAGGCUGUUCUAGAGGUUUAGCCAGAAUCUCCUUUCUUGUAACUUGAAUCCAUUGGUUCGGGUCCUAUCCUUCAGAGCAGCAGAAUACAAGCAUCCUCCAUCCUCCAUUUGACAAUCCUUUAUAUAUUUGAGGAAGGCUAUUAUGUCUCCUCUCAGUCUCCACUUUCCCAGGCUGAACAUACCCAAUUCCCUCAAGUGUUCCUCAUAUGGCUUGGUUUCCAGACCCUUGAACAUCUUGGGUGCCCUCCUCUGCACACGUUCCAGCUUGUCAACAUCCUUCUUCAAUUGUGGCACCCAAAACUGGACCAGUUUCCCAGGUGUGGUCAGCCCAAGGCAGAAUAAAGUGGGACUAUUACUUCCCCUGAUCUGGACACUAUAUUUCUGUUGAUGCAGCCUAGAAUAGCAUUAGCAUCAGUCCAGGUACUUGCGUCUAGGAUAAUUUGGUUUAAAAGUCCCUUACUCCUUGGCCCAUUCAAAAAGUGACAGCUAUUUAUGUGCCAUUUAUUAGAACAUUUACACUAACUUCUUCCUAAAUGUAUGUUAAAACUUCAUUAACCACAGGAAGAUGUUUAAUACUGGCAUACGUUAACCUGGGUAUUUUCAUACUCUCCCAUCAGUCUAUAAUGCAAAUGUAAAACCUACCUUAUUAGGAUGUAUACAAUCUUCUGUGUUCUGCUGUGCAUUAACACCAAGAAUGCAUGCAAAGUUUUAAAAUCUUGCACAUGAAAACUGCAUAAGCCUUAUUUGACCCUAGCUUUGAUAUCGGCAGCUGAGGGUUGUUGUAUUUUUGGGGGGCACGUUUUAGUUUAUUUACAUGCAGGGAAGCAGAGCUCUUGCAUGAUUUGAUCUAGCAACUCAGGGUUUUGUGGGGCAAGGAGGUUAAGCUGCCUGGCUUUUUUUCAACUUACCAGUGAAAUGGUGAGAUCUUGGCGAAGGCGAUGGGGUGGUGAUGGGGGACAGAUCUGCCUUACUUGACAAUAUGGAAAGUGAAACAGAUCAGAGAAAACAAAAGCUACCAGGAAGCAAAUAAGACCCAAUUCUUACCAUCAGUUGAGAAAAUGGUGCCAUCUGUGUUGAGCUGGCCGUACCGUCAUUAUGCAACCUUCUUCUUCGGCAGAACCACAGCCUGAACAUAAACACUCCAAGUGUCCCUAUGUUCCAGGGACAGUCCCAGAUUUACAGAAGCUGGUUUCUGAUUUGAUCCCAGAAUGUCCCGCUUUUCCUUAGGAUGCCCCAAUUUUGGAGAGUAUGGACUAAGAGGUCCUUAUUUUCAUCAGAGAGGUGUUGGAGGAGACAUCUCUACAGUGGUACCUUGGCUUUAGAACAGCUUAGUUUAUGAACAACUUGGAAAUAGAAUGCUGCAAACCUGGAAGUAGGUGUUCCGGUUUGUGAACUUUGCCUUGGAAGCGGAACAUGUUCUCCUUCCUGUUGAGUUCUGUUUGUGAAUUGAGUCCCCUGCUGCUAAUCAGAGGCUUCCCAUUGAGUCUUUCGGCUGUUGAGUCCCAAGCACCCACGCAACACAGAGGUGAUAUUUGGAGCUUUUGUUUUUUCUAUUUUUUGCAUUUUUGUUUGUGUGGCUUUUUCGUUUUUUUGACUGUAACUUGUUGUUCGUUUUGUGGGACUGACUUGUGACUGUGGCUUGUGACUUCGUUUUUGUGACUUGUUUUUGUGACUGUGUGGAACCCAGUUCAGCUACUGAUUGAUUGAUUGAUUGAUUGAUUGUGUGACUGCGGAAAUGGAUAAAAGCCCCCUAUCCAAACUAUGACUAUCAUCAGUGCAUGUAAGAAAAAAAACAAUUUUAAUUUUUACCAUCUACAAUACUGUCUUAUUUAUUUUAUAGUACCGUACAUUGAUUAUUUCUUUCAUUUUAUGGAUCAAUGGUCUUCUCGUUAGAUAGUAAAAUUCAUGUUAGAUUGCUGUUCUAGGGGUUGUUUUUAAAAGUCUGGAAUGGAUUAAUCCAUUUUGCAUUACUUUCUAUGGGAAAGCACGCCUUGGUUUUGGAACGCUUUGGUUUUGGAACAGACUUCCAAAACGUUUGAGAAUUUGGUUCUCAUUGAGUUUGAGAGCCAAGGUACCAAUGUAUUUUCAUCAGAGGAAUGUUGGAGGGUAUGUGAACAAGUUUAAGAAAAGUGACCUGCCUUAUCUGGAUAGGCUUCUGAGUACCAGAGCUGAGGAAACAUUUUUGGGACUUACAGAGUGCAUCAUCCUUGACCAGUGACCAUGCUGGCUGCUGAUAGGACAACCUCUGGAGAACCAUAGGUUCUCUUUCCCAUAUCUAUCUCCAGAUUUUGGAUAGAACUGCGAUUAAAAUAUAGAGCGCACUUCGAUUUGGAAAAGGAUCUGCAGUUAUGCUCAAAUGGACUCUGUUUACAGGAGGAGGCUGUUUUCUGGCACCUGCCCUUAGGAAAUCAUUGUUCUUAUUUUGUCACUUCUGCAUUUGAGGGGGAUACCUUUGCUGGUGUGAGUUGUUACAGUCUGUCAGUCUUCAAGGCUAAACCUUCUCCCCUAGUUACUAGCACACCAGUCUCUGAGCAUGUGGUGAUGAAGUGCGGUCAGAACAUAGGGAUGCUGCCUUCUCCUGAGUCAGACCAUUGAUCCAUGUAGCUCAGUGUCGUUGACACUGACUGACAGCAAUUCUCACAUACCCUCUGACAUUUCUGCAAUGAAAAUGGGGAUGUCCUAUUCAACAGCAGCAACAACACUCCACCUAUCUGACUGGGUUGCCCAAAACACUCUGGGCAGCUUCUUACAACAUUUCUUUGAAGAAAAUAGGGACGCGGGUGGCGCUGUGGGUUAACCACAGAGCCUAGGACUUGCCGAUCAGAAGGUCGGCGGUUCGAAUCCCGGCAAUGGGGUGAGUUCCCAUUACUCAGUCCCUGCUCCUGCCAACCUAGCAGUUCGAAAGCACGUCAAAGUGCAAGUAGAUAAAUAGGUACCACUCCAGCGGGAAGGUAUACAGUAUUUCCGUGUGCUGCUCUGGUUCGCCAGAAGCAGCUUAGUCAUGCUGGCCACAUGACCCAGAAGCUGUACGCUGGCUCCCUCGGCCAAUAAAGCGAGAUGAGCACCGCAACCCCAGAGUCGGCCACGACUGGACCUAAUGGACAGGGGUCCCUUUACCCUUUACCUUAAGGAAAAGUGGGACAUUCUGGGAUCAAAUCAGAAACCGGCUUCUGUAAAUCCGGGACUGUCCCUGAAAACUAAUGACACUUGGUGGGGGGGGGUAUGGAAUUUCAGGUGCUGUUUUGUCCCAGCCUUACCUGUAGACGCCAGAGAUUGAAUCCAACACUUUCUGCAUGCAAGACUGCUGAGCUACGGGGCCCUUCCCCUAGGGCUGUAAUAAGUAUUUUGUUGCUCCAGUGACUGCGCAUCUAAAUCCAUGCACCCAAACACUAAAGCAGCAUGCAUUGCACAGGCUGUCAUUUGCUCCCUGCAGCUACUAAGAUAUGUAUAUUUUGAACUACUGACAACAUCUUGCGGGAGACAAUUGCCCCAUGCAUAUUAAUGGCAACGGCAUCUCUGAGCACUGAUCGUUAUGUAGUCAAAUCGCCACCACCUGUGUGCAAGAGGGAUGGGUCAGCAGGUUCAAGAGAAUCCCAAGGUUUUCAGAAGCACUAAAAAAAAAAACACCUUAAGGAGAAACUUUCCCCCAAACAACUCAUUGAAAGCCAAGCAUGCUCAGAGGUCACAGAUUUGCUGAGUGUCUGUGGGAUGAAGUGGGGAUAUUCCGGAAAAGGGGCUGGCAGGCACAUUGAGCAAGAAUGCUCCACGACGUAACGUUUUGGGCACAUCCAAAUCAUAUCCAAAGAACCCAGGCAACUGGAUUCCCAAAGCUACAACCCCCAGAACCCUAAAUAAGCUACAUUUCCCAGGAUUCUUUGGGGAGAAAGCCAUGUGUUUUAAAUCUGCUUUAAAUUUACGGUGUGUAUGUGAGCUCCGUUGCAGGUCCAGCUUACGUGAUUUUCUAUUAUAUUUUGAACCUAAAAGAAAGCCCACCCCCUUAGCUCUUAAAUUAUAGUGGAGUGAGUGAAUAUAGCGCUCAGAAGACCAAGUGGAAGGUUUGAUAGUAGUCUUGGGUAUAUUGUUCAGUUAUUUCUUCGCAUAUAAAGUGUUGAUAACGUGCACAAUGUACUACUGAACCAAAAUGGCUCCACCCAUAAUGUAAAUCAGGGUUUUUGAACUUGGGUCUCUAGCUGCUUUUGGACCACAACUCCCAUAAUCCCUGGACACUGGUCCUGCUAGAUUUUUUUUUAAUGGGGCAGCAAGCAUAAUGGUUUAAUUGCACCCGGCUUUUCCUGAAGUGCCUGCCUUUUGACCAGGGAGGGUUGAAAGUUGGGACAGGAGAGAAAUUUGGUUCAGCCCAGAUUUUAAUGUGAAUCUACCCGAUUCACAUUUUCCGAAACAGUAUGCGAACUGGAAACUCGGCUUCCAUUAGAAAUUUGCACUUCCCUGAAUGUUGCGAUGUGGUUCUCCACCCAAACGACUUGUACGAAAACCUGAAUAGUAGGGGCAAGUAGGCUCAAAGUGCAUGUGUUAGGGAGAAUAACAAUAGGAAACACAUUCUGUUAGGGUGAAUCUCUUGCAAAACUGUGUCCGCUUGGCAAAAUUUUAUACAGAAAGAAUAUGAAAUGUUCCAGGAGAAAUUUGCACUGAAAUGCUGAUGAAUUUUCACGGGAGCUUAAAAAAAAAAGUCACAAACUGCUGCAGGAAUGUGGGGAACAAGAAUUUAAAGUUGAUGAAAUGAGAGAGUGAAGUUUAGAGAUUCACCUAGCUGUAGUUGGAAAUGUUACAGGAGAAAUUUGCACUGAAAUGCUGACGAAUUUUCACGGGAAGUUAAAAAAAAAUUCACAAACCGCUGCAGGAAUGUGGGGAACAUGAAUUUAAGGUUGGAUAAAUGAGAGAGUGAAGUUUAGAGAUUCACCUAGCCCUAGUUGGAAGGGGAAGCUGAACUAGGUGGAGAAAUUGCUAAGACCUCUUUCGAUUCUCCCCCCCCGCCUGUUAAUUUUCUUGUGUCCUUGCUGUCCAUCAAUGAACUGUGUCCCCUCUUGUUUCCAGAAGGCAGGGAGUGUGUAAACUGUGGCGCUACCUCGACCCCCCUAUGGAGGAGAGAUGGUACGGGGCAUUAUCUGUGUAACGCCUGUGGACUAUAUCAUAAAAUGAAUGGGCAGAACCGCCCCCUGAUAAAGCCGAAGAGAAGGCUGGUAAGUGACUUGACUCUCAAAAACUGCACUAACUUCUUAUUUUUCUUUUUCUUCUCCCUCCCUGUCAUGUUGUGUUUUUGAAUUUCCUCAGCCCAAGAUGGAGAACUUUCUGGAGGGAGUAGAUUUGGGCACCCCCGCCCAAAGUCUUAUCUGUCUGUACAGAAGAGGGUUUUUGAGAGAGCCCAACCCCCCUUUUUCACUAUGCCUGCCAAGUUAUGUACCAUUUCUAUGUCUCUCUAUAUAUCUCUUUUAUUUUUUUAUUUUAAAAAAGAAUCAAGUAAGGGGUGGUGAUUUUUUUCCGGCGGUUUCAAGAGGGGGGGGCUGAAGAAAGUGGGAGCUUGGGGGGCGGGCUGGGAAGCAUGCGGUAGGCAUGAAAAAAGAAUCCAUUUCAUUGUAAAAAAAAGGGAAUGUUUUGAAACUAGUUUUUCUCCAAAGUUGAAAGCGUCCUGGAUUUAAAAGCAGUGCAUCCGUUUCCCAUUCAUGACGCAGUUUCUGGAACUCCAAAAGGACUAGUGACUUUGGGACUACAUUUUUUGUUUUAAAUGCCACAGGAUGGUAUACAGUGUUCUCCAUAGUCAAAGCAGACCCAUCAAAAUUAAUACUGUCUGUCAUUUUGCCCAGGCUAUCCAUAAAAUCGGACCCUAUUAUUUCCAAAUUCCUUCUCCAUUUCAAUUGGUCACCUAGUUCAUGGUCUGGAGCACAUGAUGCGCACAAUUGUGGGAACACAUCUUGGCCACUUGGAAUGGCUUCACACUCUAGACCUGCUGUGAGUGGGUUGUGUACAGCUAUGACUGAUUGUGUUACUCAACUCCCUUUGGAGCGGUGUUCAGUUGUGGUGCUUAUGUGUGACCCUAGACACAACCGUGCAGAAAUUCAACUUGACAUGAGAGAAGAGCCAGUGCCCAGAGGGUUUUCCAGUUGUCCUAUGUUAUUUGCCCUUUGGAAACAACUGGAAAAUUUCCAGACAUUUUGGAACUGUGACUGCAGAACAGGCACGGCCAAGCUGUGGCUCUCCAAAUGUUGUCAGACUUCAACUCCCAUCAGCCUUAGCUAGCAUGGCCAAUGGCCAAGGAUGAUGGGAGUUGGAGUUCCACAUCAUCUGGAAGGAGACGGGUUUGCCACCCAUGUUUAAAAGUACAAAUCGCGAGUGCUCUAUGUGGGAAUAGGCUCUGGGGAUUGCACCAGGUCCACCUGAUAAGGCAAUGUGUUUGCAUCCAGAUGCCUUUGGGAAGCCUGUUACUAAGUCAUGAAGGCUACUAAGUCACUUUGACUCCAGCAUCUAGUUUUCAGAGUUAUACUAUCUCUUGAACAUGGAGGUUCCAUUUAGUUAUAGUUGCUCACAACCAUUGGGAAACUUGUCCUUCUGACAGGUGUUGAUACCUGCCCUCCUUGACUAUUAGAACCUCAAAAUUCCUUAUAGCCUUAUUUCCAAUAUAAGAGUAUAGCAAUCGGCGUGGGAAUCUUGUAAGAAGACGACAAAGCUGUGGCUCAUUGAGAAACAUGCAUGUCCGAGGUGACCUCUAGUGUGGAUGACUCACUCAGUGGUGAAAGUUGUGAAUCCUUACUUCCUCGGUUAAAUUAGAAGCAUAUGAUCGGAGGCAUGAGUUGAACCGGCAGGUUUUGAAUCUCCAUUGCUUUUGGUAAUGGGCAGAUUGGUUUGCCUUUGGAAGAGGCCCUGAACUGCAGGAGACUCAGAAGCUGGCUUAGUCAGUUGGCUUAGGGGUAGGGAGCCUGUGCCCCCCCCCCAAGAUAUUGCUGGACCUCCACCUCCCAUCACCAGUUGAUCCACAUUCUGAGAUCUGCUGAGGGUGUUCUUGUCCGCAGUCCCGCUAGCAAGUGUGUUCAGAGACGUGAGACAGGGCCUUCUUGGUGGUGGUGCCCUGACUUUGGAAUUCCCUCCUGCUAGGGGUGUGCUGCUGAGAUGGCAUUCUAGCUUUGAGGAAUUGGUUAAUCUGUCUUGGAGAUCUAGAGCGUCGUGUUAUGCUGUUUUUAUUUGUAUUUUAAGGAUUGCAUGUUUUAAUAUAGUUGGAAACUGCUUUGGGCCUUUUCUGCGAAAAGCAGUCUACAGGUUUUAGAAAUGAAACAAACAUACUUCCCGAGUACCCAGAGGUUUUCUCCAUCUUGGAUAGAUGCUAAUGACAGUCCUUGUUUCUUGCUUUGCCGAAUUGAAAAGGAAUGUGUUUGUGAACAGAUUGACACCUUUGACAAGUGGUGUGCACGCAUUGGUAGUGAUAGUUCUGUCCAGUACUUUUUUUCUGGGAGGACGCAUAACCCUAAACAUUUUGCGAAUCUAAGUUUGGCCUCAUUGAGGGGCAGUAUUUCAAUAUGAGUCGGAAAAUGAGAGUACCCCUAAACAUGUUUUUCAAGAAAAACAGCACUGGUUCUGUCUGUGGUGCUUGGCCUGUGAUGACCUAUUCACACAUGCUUAAAUCUUUGAUUUAUGCUGCUGGUGAUCCAGGGUCCAAAUCUACCUGGAGGAGCAACAGCCAUUUGGACUCUGCAAUAGUCAUCUGAGGCCCUUAUUCGUGUGCCGCCUCCAUGAGAGGCCCGGAGGGUGGCAACACGCGAACAGGGCCUUCUCUGCAGUGGCACCCCAUUUGUGGAAUGCCCUCCCCAGGGAGGCUUACGUGGCACCACCAUUACAUAUCUUUAGGCUCCAGGCAAAAGCAUUCCUCUUCUCCCAGGUGUUUGGCUAAUUAAUCUACAGCCUUCUAAGUUGUGUGGGUGGGUGGGUUAUUGUCUUUUGUUCGUUACUGGCUUAUAUAAUUUUGUGUUCUUAUAUUUUAAACCACCCUGUGAUCCUUGGAUGCAGGACGGUAUAGAAAAUUUAAUAAUAAUUAAUAAUAUCUAGAUUUGCCCCCCAUUCACAGACGGGCUAUCAGUAAUUAAUAGCCAUUGACGCCAAAAGGGAAUUGCUUCGUGAGGGUUCAGAACUGUGUCAGGAUCAGGUAGGGUUGCCAUAUUUUGAGGAGUAAAAAAAGAGGACAUAUUUGCCGACUUCUGCUUUUAACCAUGGAUAGCUAUGACGACUCUCAUUUUACAUACCCAUGAAAAAGAGGACGUGUCCUGGAAAAAGAGGACAUAUGGCAACCCCCGUGGGCUUUCCACAGGCAUCUGGGUGGCCAACGUGAGAAUAGGAUUCUGGAGUAGAUGGGCUCUUCUUGUGAUUUUACGAGAGUGCAGAGCAAAAGAGGGGGCUCAGGUAAGGAGAACAGGGCUCUUCCUAUCUCUGAUACUUACCUUCUUCCUGCUUCUUCUCCCACCUAUGUUUCUGUUUGGAAGGAGAAAGAUAUUGGGGAGACCUUAUCUCCCACCUGGCGGAGCGGGACCAGGAGAAGCAGCUUAGGGGAGGAACGUGAAUUCAAAACUAGUCCAUGGGGAAAGGGUUAAGCAGCCCCCUCCCCUGCCAGUGCUGCAGUCGCGAAUGGAAACCAACCCCCCCUUGGCUGCUUUCGAUUAGAAAAGAAAGGGGGAGGGAAUGCGAGGAAAUUUACCCAUGACUGCGUGUACCGUGUCGUUUGGCCCUAAGGAAAUAGGACAUUUGUUUGUUUCUACAUCUGUUUCUCUAAACACUUUGGAUGACUUACAAUGCUGUUCCGAUAGAAAAAGGGUUUUCGUGCACGCACUGUAAAAUAUUACGGGGUUGGGGGGCAGAGAGGGGAAACUGAGCGACUCCGGAGUGGGGUGAAAUGUGUCUCAGUGCGGUCUGCAUGCAAUGUCACCCUGUCCUUCCACUUUCCCCAGUGUAGGGUCCUUUUCAGUUGCAGCUGGGCUACCAGGGUGUGUGGGAAGGAUCCAGCACCCCCUGCGAUGGCACCCCAUAUUGUAGUCUGUUUGCCACCCAGAAUGAGAAAGGGUUCACUGGCUUGAGACUCCUUCUAUAGCUAUGGGGAGCAAACGGCCAUAGCUCAGUGAUAGAGUGUCUGCUUUGCACGCAGAAGGCCACAGGCUCGAUCCCAGGCAGGGCUGGGAAUGUCUCCUGCCUCAAAGCUGCCCGGAGACCUACUGCCAGCCAGUGUUGACAAUACAGAGCUAAAGAGUGCACCAUGGCUCAGCGGUGGAGCUUUAUGCUUUGUGUGCUGAAGGUCCCGGGUUCAAAUCCUGACACCCCCGGGGUUAGAAUGAUGGAGUGGUUGUGGGGAGAUUAGGUAAACAGACUGAUGCCUGCAGUCCUGAAGAGGCACUGCCGGUUAAAGAAGACCAGGUUUUUGAUUCGAGGGCCACAUUCUCUGCUUGGUAACCUCUCAAGGGCGAUAUGCCCAUAGUGGGUGGGGCUAUGCAUGCAAAUGUUGCACGUGUACCUCAGGUUUCUUCCCAAAGAAUCCUGGGAGUGCUAGUUCAUUAUGGGUAGCUCCAUGAGGGGAGUUUCCAGUUCUCUGGAAGAAGAUACGGGGUUAUAAAUACUAGGACUAGCUGCGUGAGCAACAGUUUCUAUCCAAAUGCAAUUUUGGUUUUAAACGCAGUGUAGGGAGUCUCUAGGGAUGCGGGUGGCACUGUGGGUUAAACCACAGAGCCUAGGGCUUGCUGAUCAGAAGGUCAGCGGUUCGAAUCCCCGCGACGGGAUGAGCUCCCAUUGCUUGGUCCCUGCUCCUGCCAACCUAGCAGUUCGAAAGCACGUCAAAGUGCAAGUAGAUAAAUAGGUACCGCUCCGGGAAGGUAAACGGUGUUUCCAUGCGCUGCUCUGUUUCGCCAGAAGCAGUUUAGUCAUGCUGGCCACAUGACCCGGAAGCUGUACACCGGCUCCCUUGGCCAAUAAAGCGAGAUAUGUGCUGCAACCCCAGAGUCGUCUGCGACUGGACCUAACGAUCAGGGGUCCCUUUACCUUUAAGGAGUCUCUACGGGAGUAUAUUGUAUUUUAAAAAUGGCUUCUCAGUGUUUUUAGGGUCUAACCAGGUUGGGAUAGCUGGGAUAGCAGGCUUGUUGGUUUUGAAGCUCUUAUGUAGUUUUUUUUCUUUCUUCCUUUCAAUUUCGUUGUUCUGUAUGGGACAAUGACAAUAAAGAUUAUUGUAUCUAUCUUUUGGGGAACUGUGCUUUAAAUGCAUGGUGUUUGUGGAGCCUGAGAGCAGAAGAAUCUGCAGCCGGCAUUUUUGACCUGUUCCAAGACCCAGCCCAGGGGCCUUCUUCCCUCGAGUGCCCACACAAAUUUCAGAUGAACUUUCCGCCUGCGAAAGCCAGACACCUGGGGAAGACCAACUCACCACUGCUGGUGAGAAUAAAAGUGGUUUUUCGCUUUUUCCCCCCUUCAGAGAAAGAGGUUUAAAUUUCCUGGCCCUCCCCCGUUUCCUUUUUACAUGAAUCACGAACAAAACUCGAGGUGCCACCUUGAUCUUUUUCUGGCUGUUUCCUCUAAUAGUGUCAUAGAAUUGUCAAGUUGGAUGGGAGUCCAUAGGGUCAUCUAGUCCAAGCCCCCGCAAUGUGGGAAUCACAGCUAAAGAAUUCUUGAAAAGGGAAGCCACUGCCCUCCUUAACCAAGGAGGAUAAUCUUUUUCUUUCCUUUGCUGGGAAAAGCAAAACACCUACAAAGAACUGUUUUUGAGAGAGGACUUCAAUUUGGUCCAUCCCCUCCCCCUCAAAUACCUCCCUUCCUUUUAACUUUCUAAACAUAAAUUCAGUGUACAAAAGCUAAACUCUUAAGAAAUAUCUGUGGAUUGGAGAUUAUACAUUAUAAAUAGUUGUCCUUCUUUCUUCCCCCCUCCCCAGUCUUAACCACUACAACAAGGAUGGGGUUGGCCUACAUCUCACUGGUCUCAGCCAGCAUGGCCAAUGGCGCUGGACGAUGGGAUUUGUAGUCCAGGAACAUUGGGAGAGCCACAUCUUCCCAACCCUUACACUCGAGAAAAAAUUGGACAUAUCAGAAGCGGCUGGGAUUUAUUUCUUUUUGAAAGAAAAUGUACCUGCCUAGCCAUGAGGGUUUGCAUAGGAUGGGAACAUAGGGAACUGCCUUACGCUGCCUUAUGUUUGUUUUCUCCUGCUCCAGAGGGUACUGUUGUUAGCCACUCUGAGCCUGGCUUCGGCUGGGGAGGGCAGGAUAUACCGGUAAAUAAAAUUUAUUAUUAUUAUUAUUAUUACAGUGCCAGAUUUACGUAUAAGCUAAACAAGCUAUAGCUUAGGGCCCCACUCUUAAUAUACUUCUUCUUAAUUGUAUUUCAGUUCAACAAUUAAAUACUUUGAUAAAAUACAUAUUUUGUUAUGUGCAAAUGGCUUUCAAUACCACAUAACACUGGUCUUGAAAGACCUACAUUGGCUCCCAGUACGUUUCCAAGCACAAUUCAAAGUGUUGGUGCUGACCUUUAAAGUCCUAAAUUGCCUCGGCCCAGUAUACCUAAAGGAGCGUCUCCACUCCCAUCAUGUAGCCUGGACGCUGAGGUCCAGCACUGAGGGCCUUCUGGCGGUUCCCUCACUGCGAGAAGCGAAGUUACAGGGAACCAGGCAGAGGGCCUUCUCGGUAGUGGCCCCCGCCCUGUGGAACAUCCUCCGAUCAGAUGUGAAAGAGAAAAACAACUACCAAACUUUUAGAAGACAUCUGAAGGCAGCCCUGUUUAGGGAAGCUUUUAAUGUUUGAUGUAUUACUGUAUUUUAAUAUUUGGUUGGAAGCCACCCAGAGUGGCUGGGGAAGCCCAGCCAGAUGGGCAGGGUAUAAAUAAUAAAUUACUAUUAUUAUUAGAACAAUAAAAAAGGAUGGCAAUAAAAAGAAGUUGAUGGCAUGGAUGCCACUAGCGGUACCCCCCACCCAGACUUUGGUUCCGUACACAACAGGCAUUCUGAACACAGUUCCCUCCUUCCAAAGACUCCUGGGAGCUCUAGUUUGCAACUGAAGCUCUGCAAGAGGGAAACUGCAGUUCCCAAGGUUCUCUGUUAGGGGUGCUUAUAUUGUGUGUGCAUCUGAGGAUAUGGCAUACAACCAAAGCCUCAUGCCAAUCUGCCUUGAGUGCUACCAAUGCUGGAAGGCCUCUGAGAUUCAGGAGGAGCUAAGAUUGGUGCCUCGUUCGUCUGAGGGCAGCGCCCAGUGAAAUAUGCCUGAGGGCUCAAGGCAGAGCCUGAUGAAGAGGAGGCAAGGCUAAUAGCUACCGUUCUCAUGCCAAGCAGGAAAAUCAACCUGUUCCCUUGGUGCUGUCCCACUUCCUUGAGAUUUAAGCCUCUCCCCUAGAGCUCCCGAGUCCAAAUAACAGCCGCAAACCUCUUCGGGAAAGAACGAUAGUCCUGCUUUGCAUGCAGAAGGUCCCAGGGUUGAAAUUCUGGCGUGCUGCUGCCAUUCCAUGGGAGCCAUCUCGAGCUUGCAGAAGCAAUCUGAGCUUGCAGAAGCAAUACUGAGCUAAGUAGACCGAUGGCAUGGGAACAUAAGAGGAACCUGCUGGACCAAGCCAGUGGCACAUCUAAGUCCAGCUAAGUCCUGCUCUCACAGCAGCCAACCCAAUGCCUCUGCAAAACCUACAAGCAGGACCCGAGCCCAAGAACCCUUUCCCCUUCCUUAGGGGAGUUCUUCUUCUUUUUUUUAAAUGAUAUUUAUUACAGUUUCAAAAAAGGUUACAAAAAUAGGAAAAAGAGAAAAAAAGAAAAGAAAAAAUACAAAAUACAGAAAAGUAAAAACACACUUAAAAACAAAUCAAUCUUUCCAUGUCUUGUCUUUCAUUUACUUGUUUCCCUGACCUCCUCACACCUCCCUUUUUUGUAUUCCAGUUCAGUUAGCUAAUUCAGCAAAUCCUUUCCCUCUUUGUUUUUAUCCUAAUCCUUUAACUUAAUAUAUUGUAACUUUAGAUUCUCACCUGUUAAUCCAUUUUUACAUACUCCUUUGUAACAUUGCUGCUAAAACCACUUAACUUUAUUCUGACAUCAUUCUAACAUUCAUUAAUUUUACAGUAUUUCUGUAAAUAGUCUUUAAAUUUCUUCCAAUCUUCUUCCACCAACUCUUCUCCCUGGUCCUUAGGGGAGUUCUUGAGCAUUGUUGAGCUCCAAGGAAAAAAAGUCCACCCACACCCACACCCACACCCACACACGAAGGAGACCGUUCCACUGUCAAACAGCUCUUACUGUCAGAAAGUUCCCCCUGAUGUUUAGUGGGAAUCACUUUCCUUGUUUAGUGAUACCUCGGGUUACAGACGCUUCAGGUUACAGACUCCUCUAACCCAGAAAUAGUACCUCGGGUUAAGAAAUCGUGCGGCGGCAGUGCAGCGGCCACGGGACACCCCAUUAGCUAAAGUGGUGCUUCAGGUUAAGAACAGUUUCAGGUUAAGAAUAGACCUCCAGAAUGAAUUAAGUUCUUAACCCGAGAUACCACUGUAAUUUGAAGCCAUUGGUUCGAAUCCUACCUUCCCAGGGCCAGGAAUCCUACCUUCCCUGUAACUUGGCUUCUCGCAGGGAGGGAACCACCAGAAGGCCCUCGGUGCUGGACCUCAGUGUCCGGGUAGAACCAUGGGGGGGGGGGGAGACGCUCCUUCAGAUAUACUGGACUGAGGCUGUUUAGGACUUUAAAGGUCAGCACCAACACUUUGAAUUGUGCUUGGAAAUGUACUGUUCAUGUCUCAGAGUGCAGCUUAGGUUUUAAUGACCAAUUCCAGGGCUGAGCCUUGCUGUCACUCUCGAUUAAAUUCUGCUCUCUGUUGUGUGAUCAUACGCCCUUUCCAGUCCUCUUUAUAUUAAGUUAUCUUCAAUAUGAAUUGGUUUAGGGUCAGGGAACUGAGUGUGCCAAACCGUCUUGUGAAUCGCCUAGCGUUCUGUACCAGCUGAGCUGAUUGACAUCCAACGCCCUUUAAAAAUGUGUUGUGGGGCGGGGAUUAUUGGCUUGUUUUGUUUUUAUUACGCAUUCUGUAUUUUUAUAUUGUGAUUUUAUGUUGCAACUGCCCUGGAACCUGCGGGUAGAGGGCGGUGUAGAAAUUUAAUAAAUAAUGAUAAUUAUUUUACAAAACGCAUUGCACCACAAUGCGACAGGUGUCUAAAUCAAUGUUGCUACAUCCCCAAGGCGUGGCAGAGAUAACUUACCUCAAAUAGGCUUUGCUACAGAACUCUGGUGUGCAUCAGUCCUUAAAGCCAACGUCUACAGAUGCCAAGGACUCAGUGCAGCUCAAGUUAAAUGUAUUUUGUUCCCACUGAUUUCAGUAUCAAUUUUAAGCACGGCCUUAAAGCUCAAAUUUGACUUGAUUGGCCCUGGGCCAAACUGGAAGUGUGAUAUGUUUUCAAGGUAUCCAUGGCUGUGAAUUUGGGGUUCUUGUUGUUGGUUUUUUGUCAUUUUCUGAUAUCUUCAGUGGAGCUAGAUUGAUAGUGCCAUAGGAGUGUGAAUUUUUGGUCACUGGAAUAGAGUUCAGCAUCCUCAAACUCUCAUAUUGAAAAAUAAGCAGAUUCCUAGUCCCUCGGGCGACAAAUCUAGGCUUUAUAAGUGUGUGGGCAACAAUGAUUUGGUGAAAAUUCAGCAGGCAGAGGUUGGUACACAGAACUGCCAUUGGUUGUAUAUUUGCGUGUGGGUGUAGAAGGCUGUCGGCAGAGAACUCUCUGUAUACACAUUUCCCCCUACCCUAUGCAGUUACUGGGAGUUGCAGGUGGGCAGAGUGUGUUAUCUCCUGCUUAGGGGCUUCCCAUGGGCAUCUAGUUGGCCACUGCAAGAACAAGAUGCUGGACUAGGUGGGUCGUCGGCCUGAUCCUACAGGCGUUUCCUGUGUUCCUAGUCUGUAACCUCCCAGCACAAGCAAAAGAAAUAACUGCAGAUGGGCCAAGUUACAGGAUGCAUUCUGCUUGCAGAAUUCAGUUUUCCUUUGUGCAUAAAUUGCACUAAUGUUGCACAGAAUUCUGGUGGUGGUUUUUUUUUUUUUGGAGCACAGAACACAUCCAGUGACAAUUCUUGGCAGACAUAUUUUCUUUUUAGGUUUGCUCUGCUUGCCUGGCGAGAUAUAUGCAGUCAUUGGACUUAAGUCCAUUGAUUUCACUGGAGGCUCAUCCACCAUACUUAACUUUUGCCCCAAGCUAUUUAGAGACAGGUUUAGGCUUUAAAAUGCUUUGUCAGAGCAGGUUUCUUCCCCCCUUUUUCUUUUACCCCUGGUGCUUUCGAUGUGAAAACCUGCUCUUUAAUGCAGAGUUGGAACAAACGCCAAUUCAGGUCUCCUGCCUAUUGCCAUUUGCUCUGAAUCAGCGAUAAAAAGCGAUAUUUUUUUUAAAAAGUACUCUGGCAUUGCACUUUAAAGUGCAGACCUGGGUCUCCAGCUGUUGUUGGACUACAACUCCCAUGAUCCCUAGCUAGCAGGACCAGUGGUCAGGGUUUAUGGGAAUUGUAGUCCAAAACAACCAGCUGGAGAUGGAAGUUUGGGAAAUCCUGCAUUAAUUGGACACCAGUGGCAGAAACAAACUACCCAGCCAUUAAACUGUAGUUGAGGACAAAAGACGGGGUCCUAUUCUAUGGCAUACUUAGCAUCAGAAUGAAUGUGACUGUGAAGAAUUACCCAGAUAAUUCUCUUUUACGGGAGUAUGGCAGUUCAAAAAGCAGAGCACACGUGAUAUUUUGCAGAUAGAUGGGACCAGGUUCAAUCCCCUGGCAUUGCUAGUUAAGAGUAAGAAUAAAUGUUGCAGGCGAGGGGAGUUGCGAAAGCUUCUGUAAAAUAGCUUACUGGAUGGACUAUUGGCCUGAUAUGGUACAAAGUCUCUCCGUAUGGACUGAUGGAGUUUGUUAGUCAUGGUAUAAUUGUGGCUGGAGCCAAGGGAACCUUAUUUUGGAGGCUGUUUUUCUAUCAUGUAGAACAACAACCCCAGUCCAUGUUUGUGGGUGUUUUUGAGCAUUUGUUUAUAGCAAACCUGUAUGGGUUGCCACUCCCUAGGAAAAAAUUGUUUGACAGAGGGGAUGGGGGAAAGUCUCUGUUCAGGGGCAAUGGGGGAAAGUCUCUGUUCCUAGUAUCUUCAGUUAAAAGGAUCAGGGUUUGAGAAGAGUUUUUUCUGGAGACCUGCUGCUAUGACAGGGUAGCAGAAUCGUGGGUUAGUCUGACCUGGUAAAAGGCAGUCUGUUAGGGGACCAUUAACCAUGCAUAACUGUCUAUCCAGGUGCUUAAAAUCUCUACCCCCAAUCUGCCCCAUAGAUAGCAAAGCAGAAGAGUUCUUGAGCCCCUGUGGGCUCCUGUUAGGGUCGGGUAAGAAACGUGUUCACGUAUUUUGUAUGCAAAUGUACAAAAUGCCUGCACUGAAAAUGCAGCCAAUCCUCUAAAUACACACUUGUCUGAGUUUUGCGGCACAGCUCCAAAAUGUGCACGUUAAGGAAAAGGGCCCACAAAGACGAAAAGAAAUUGCAUGCAAAAAUGGAUAGGACGGACACCUCAAAAUACACAUAUUAGGAAAAAAUAUGUGCAAAAUGAAUGUGAAUUUCUGUGCAGACUUGAAAACAGUAAUCUGCAAACGAAUGCAGUUAUGAAGUGGUCUGGAUUUAAGAUUGUGGAGAAACAGAUUCUGCUUGUGGUCUUCCUGUAGACUUCUGGUUGGUCCUUGUGGAAACAGAACUGCAUGAGUCUUUGCCCUGACCCAGUAGGUUCUUUUCUUCUUAUUUCUCCAUCUCUAGUCUCCUUACAUUGUUGAUGGUGUUAAUUUUGCCUUAGUGGGCCAUGCAGAGAGUUCAUUUCACCUGAUCUAUAAUGAAAAGCAAUUGCACCAACACCACCAAUGCAAUGUUAUAGAAUUCUAUAACAUCUCCACUGAAAGCAGCUACUUUGGCACUGGUGGGGUUCUGCCGUAGCCUUAAACUCACAACACAGGAAUGUUUUUUUUUAAAAAAAAAAUUGGUGUGACUUACGGGUUUAUGACUGUGGCGUUAAGACGACGCAUCCUUUGCACUGCAAGCCUUUUGAUAUCCUCUUAUUGGAACAACCAGCCUUCACCCAGCCAAUCACGUACACAAAAGACUUUAAGAAUUACUUUUGGCAAAGAUACCUCUAUGAUUCAUUCUUUGGCAAAACUGCCUAUUCUUUUCCAUUUGUGAUGCAGGAAUCUCUUGGAGUAUGAAUAUAUGCUUUAUAUUUCCAAUCCCCGCAUGCGAAAACAACAAGGCUCUUGCACGUUGCGAAAGAUUGCUAAGCCGUUACAAUAAUUUCAGCAUGACAGCUUAAUGAUUUGGUAUUCCACACUGUGGAAUACUCUGGCUUUUCCUCGUUUUUGCUAUUUGAUGUGACACAGCGGGGACAUGAUUUUUGCCUUGCUCUUCUCCUAAGGGACACAGGCUCUCUCCAUAUGACUUUCUUAAAAAACGAGGCAGUGCCUCUUAAAAUCAACAAUAGGGAUUCUGUUCCCCCAGGAUGGGAUGGUGGAUUCCUUCACAAUGGUGGAACAGGCUAACUCCAUACCCUCCAACAUUUCUCCGAUGAAAACAGGGAUAAUGCAUAAUAAUAAUAAUAAUAAUAAUAAUAAUAAUAUUUAUACCCCACCCAUCUGACUCGGUUGCCCCAGUCACUCUGAGCAGCUUCCAAUGUAUAUAAAAACAUAAAAAACUUCCCUAUACAGGGCUGUCUUCAGAUGGCUCAGGAGUCGCAUAACUCCAUACCCUCCAAUAUUUCUCCGAUGAAAAUAGGGACAUCCUAAGGAAAAGCGGGACAUUCCGAAUCAGGAACUAGGAUGGCUUCUGUUAAUCCAGGACUGCCCCUGGAUAGAGGGGCCCUUGGGGGGUCUGCCUGGUCUGGGGGCAGAGCAGUUAUUAAUUAAUGCCUCAACACUUACCUCCCUCCAUCUCCAGGUUCUGGGGAUGGGGAGAUGAUUCUGUAUCCUUGCACAUCAUCCUAUAACUAGGGUGGCCUUUCACAGAGACAUAGAAUCAUAGAAUUGGAAGGGACAGGGACCCUAAAGUUCAUCUAGUCCAAUCCUCAUUGACCUCAGGCAGCGUGGCUAUUGCUCAGGGAUGAGAGGCACUUUAAAGACUUCUUUCUUCACAAUGCAGACAUGGUGUGUGUGUAUGUUAAAGGAUGUGGCGUGCCUCUGAAAAACAAAAAAAACCCCAGGUCUCUAGAAAACUAGGUGCCAGGAAGAAGGGUUUGACACACUGUGUGUGUGUGUGUGUGUGUGUGUGUGUGAAAUGAUUCACUCCAGUAUGUGAGUUCCCCAGCCCUGAAGUCUGAACUGGGACAGUCCAAAUGGAAGAAACUAAGCUUUGUGCAAAACCUGGGCUGGAAUGACUCCUGUCUCCUGUGGAACGGAACACCUAAAACACAGGCCCAGCUUCCCUAACAUUACAGUUUCCUGGCUGCUUGUUAUGACUGCUUUAUUUCAGACAUGAUUCUGGCCUCUUUGCAUUUUCUAAACGCCUGCCAAAAAGAUCCGUAUACAACCUGGUGCAUGUGCUAGUCAGCUAAACUAGAGAUCAUAAUCCAACAAGAUUUGGGGAUGCAAGACUUGAUACUUUAAAGUAGCUUUUAAAACCAAGUCAAGAAGUUGGAUAGCAGUCAGUGGACUCUUGUCACUUCCAUGUCAUUUUCUUUCUGGGAUAUGAUGCAAUAUUUUUUUGAGAGAGAGUAGAUGUAAGGUAAAUGGCAGGCUAAGAGCCCAAAUUCUCUUUUAAAUCCCUGGUCAGCCAGGAGUGUUCUAGCGGGCUUUACACAAGUCCUUUAAUUCAGUUGCCUACCUGUAAAAUGGGCAUAACAAAACUGGCCCUUUGUAUGGUGAUAUUAUUGCCACUUUGUACAUAUUUCUGAAAUUCUUGGCUUUCAAAAUCAGUUUCUGGAGAAUCAACUUGACUUAAAACUCCAGGCUUAAAUUAAGCUUCUGAUUUAAGGCAGGGAGAUUGGACAAGCUAGAUGGUGCUGUGAUGUUGUUGUCUUCUGAAAACGUGUAUUAACUAGCAAGUCUGUUCCAAAAUCCCCAUUACUGGUGCACAAAGGGUUUUCGCACAUUCAUAAUUUUUCUAGACUCCUCAUAUUUAGGAAACCAUUUUCUCUAAUAAAUAAAUAAAUAAAAAAGUAUCAAGAGAAUUGUUGAGUAUUUUUAGUUGGUGUUGUAGGAGGGAACAGCCCCAGUGAAAAAAGUAAAUUUUGCAUGGCUCGUGCAUAACAGAUGAUGUGUGCUGUUACUUUGAUGCAAUUAAUCAAUGGGAAAUCUAUGGAUACACUGUGGAUAGAACACAACCCAAGUCAUCGUCAACCUCUUAAUACUUUGUUUCAGAGCUGCAAGAUGCAUAAAUAUAUAUACAGAAUGUGAGCAAAUGCCCACAUCCCUGUAAUGUCCUACUUAUCGUGGCAAAUGUCUGUAAUUGACUACAAUUCACUGCUUUGGAUAUACAUCAAUGCUCCAUUUUUUACAUCUUUGUAACACGCCUGUUUUUUCUUUUUCUACCCCAGUCAGCGGCAAGAAGGGCAGGAACAUCGUGCGCAAAUUGCCAGACCACCACCACCACCCUGUGGAGGAGGAACGCCAACGGAGACCCCGUGUGCAACGCCUGUGGGCUGUAUUACAAGCUCCACAAUGUAAGUGAGGCGGUAACUCUCUGAAGAAUACCUUUUAGGGUUUAAACUAGGAUAGAAUAUACCGUAUUUUUCGCUCUAUAGGAUGCACUUUUCCCCCUCCAAAAAUUAAGGGGAAAUAUGUGUGCGUCCUAUGGAGCGAAUGCAGGCUCCUUGGCUUCAGCGAUAGCAACGCGAAGCCUCCGAAGCGCAGAGGGAGCGCUCCCUCCGCGCUCCAGAGGCUUCGUGUUGCUUUUGCUGAAGCCUGGAGAGCGAGAAGGGUCGGUGCACACCGACCCCUCUCGCUCUCCAGGCUUCAGGCAUAGCCGCCUGAAGCCUUCAAAGCGCAGCGCGAGUUCCCGCUGCACUCCGCAGGCUUUGGGUGCCUUUCGCUGAAGCCAGGAGAGCAAGACUCUCCUGGCUUCAGCAGAGAGGGAGAGCUGCGCAGUGCCCCUUCAGUGAAGCGGGAGGAGAAAUGGAAGGGGCUCCGUUUAUCCUGCCGCUUCACUGAAGGGGCGCUGAGGGGAGAGGGGGAUAAUUUUUUUCUUCUUGUUCUCCCCCUCUAAAACAAGGUGCGUCCUAUGGUCUGGUGUGUCCUAUAGAGCGAAAAAUACGGUAUUUCCUGGCUUGCGUGUGUACAGGCAAACCACAGAGCUUUAUCUCACCAGCUCUUGCUUGGGGCCCCCUUUAGCUGAACACAGUGCACUUCAAUGCACACUGAGGCUGUUCAGCGAACUCUAAUGCACUCUGAAUGAAGCUGUGCUAGUCAGGUGUAAAUGGGCCCCAUGGUGACUUCCUGGUAUUGUAACAUAUAAAGGGAAGCAAGAGAAGUCAAGCUGAGAGUCCUUUUAAUGGGCUGAACAUUGUAUGGAAUGCUGGUUGGAAGACAUAAUAAUAAUAAUAAUAAUAAUAAUAAUAAUAAUAAUAAUAAAUUACAUUUUAAUUCUGCCCUCUAAUUUGAUCAGGGAUAUUGAAAAUGAUUUGCUUCCCAACCAUUUAUCGUCAUAACAAGCCUGUAAGGUAGGAUAGGCUGAGGAAAGGUGAUUGGAAAAAGGUCACCCAGGGAAUUUCACACGUGAGUGGGAUUUGAACCCAGGUCUUCAUAGGUUCUAGUCCAGUAGUCCAACAUUGAAGUAUUGGCUAGAUAAUACAUUGUUCUAACCAAAAUGAAAAUUGCCUGAUUGGAAAGGUAGCAGAUACACAGGGACCCUUUACAGGUUGCGUCUUGAUUCUGGCUUGGGUUGCCAUCCAUUUUUCCCCUCCCAAAACUCCUGAGGCACAAAGAACUGCCAGACCAGCUGAAAAUUAGCAGGCGCAGUGUAUUCUCAUAACCACGCUGUCUCCACAAGAUGGGAAAAGGGCCCUCGUUAAAUUUCUCUCUGUCGGAUGGUAGCCAAAGUAUUAAAGGCCCCACAGGGCGGGGGAAAGGUGGCAACCCUAAUAUUCUCACAAAGCUCUGGAGCAUUUUUCUUGCGCCUCUGCUUCAAGGGGAAGGGGGAAAUAAAGAAAGUGACACAAGCAAUUCUCCAAAAGAAGGGAAUCUGAUUUUGUCCGGUGGGUGAAAAAGUCUGCUUUGGCUGUGUCGGGGUGCUUUUAGUACAUCUGAUAUUCUUUUAAAUCAACGUGUUUGUGGGAGCAAGAGAGGCUAUUGUUUCAUUUCAUUUUUUGCCCUUGUUUUUAUUAUGUAUUUUGCGUUUUUAUGCUGUGAACCGCACCGAUGAAGGGUUUUAAAAAUACAAAUCAAAUCAAAUAAAUAAGUAAAAUAAUGCUCAUAAAAAGAGAUGGGGAAAUUUAUAUGAAAAGGUGCAUCCUGUAACAAAAUCUCCCAGGGUGGAAUGCUGCCAAUGAGCUGUGCCCUUUACUAGCACACUCCAUUCCACCCUCUUUCGUCUCUCACCUCCCCGUAGCAGCCAGUCAGUACUCCAUGCCCUUUCAGCAUGCUAUUUUGGGAAGUUUCUGUCCCGGCCCCGGGGAGGUUUCCUCUUAGGUUUUUGCACGCAUCUGCAAACCUUGGGUUUUCCCCAAGCUACUUAAAACCCCCUUCCUUGGAUGCAGUUUUACUUAUUCAAGGACUGGUGCUGAGAGGUGACAUUAUAGACAUUUACAAAAUGGUGCAUGGGAUAGAGGAAGUGAGCAGAGAAAAGGUUUCCUUCCUCUCUCAUAAAACUAGAACUCUGGGACAGCCAGUGUUGGAAAAUCCACGAUGGAUAAAAGGAAGCGCUUCAUGCAGUGCACAGUUCGGCUGUGGAACUCACUGCCACUGGAAGCAGUAAUGGCCAUCAGCUUGGAUGGCUUUAAAAAAGGAUGGAGGCAGCAGUGCUUCUGAAUCCCAGUUGCUGGGAACCACUGGUUGGCCACUGCAAGAACAGGAUGCUGGACUUGAUGGGCCAUUGACGUGGUCCAGUAGUCUUUUCCUACAUUCACAUUCUAGAAUAACUUUGCUAUUUAUAUAUCUGAUAGGGUGCCCUACCUUGAAACAAAAUUAAAAAAUUCCUUCCAGUAGCACCGCAAAGGUAAAGGGACCCCUGACCAUUAGGUCCAGUCGUGACUGACUCUGGGUUGCGACACUCAUCUCGCUUUAUUGGCCGAGGGAGCCGGCGUACAGCUUCUGGGUCAUGUGGCCAGCAUGACUAAGCCGCUUCUGGCGAACCAGAGCAGCACACAGAAACGCCAUUUACCUUCCCCCCAGAGCGGUACCUAUUUAUCUACUUGCACUUUGACGUGCUUUCGAACUGCUAGGUUGGCAGGAGCAGGGACCGAGCAACGGGAGCUCACCCUGUCGCGGGGAUUCGAACUGCCGACCUUCUGGUCGGCAAGUCCUUGGCUCUGUGGUUUAACCCACGGCGCCCCCCCCAUCCCUAAGUAGUUGGUCUCUAAGUAGCACCUUAGAGACCAACUGAGUUUGUUAUUGGUAUGAGCUUUCCUGUGCAUGCACACUUCUUCAGAUACUGGAGGGAAUUUUUUUAUUUUGUUUUGAAUUUUUUUGUUUUGUUUCAACUACGGCAGACCAACACGGCUACCUACCUGUAACUGGUGCCCUACCUUGCAUUUGAAGGGCUCUCAGAGGGCAUUCCUCUGUUUGAAGGGAGUCUUUUAUCUGAAGGACUACCUGAAACCAAGUCUGGUUUAAAAGACCGAGAAGCAUUAGAAAGGGAGGUUUUGCCCGUCAGCCACUUGGCAGCUGGGCACGCCUGCACGAUUAGUGCUUCUGUUUAAGAUACAGUCUUUAUAAUUUGCUGCCCUGGGCUGCUUUGGAAGGAAGGGUGGGAUAUAAAUUUAAUGAACAAAUAACGAACUUGCAAAUGUUAUGCAAAUUUGAACCUUUUGCUUUGGGGAUGCACGCUCUCUCUCCCUUUGACAAUGCAUAAGUGGCACCCCCAAAAUAUGCUGCCUGGUAGACUUUGUUCCCAUAUCUAGGUGUAAAGGCAGCUACAAAAACGCACCACCCUUAAGGAAAUGACUGAAAAGAAUCGUCUUAUAGCGACAGCAGUAAUAGCAGAGCUCUAGCACUAGAGUUGACGGUUCGAAUCCCCGCGACGGGGUGAGCUCCUGUUGCUUGGUCCCUGCUCCUGCCAACCUAGCAGUUCAAAAGCACAAAGUGCAAGUAGAUAAAUAGGUACCGCUCUGGCGGGAAGGUAAACGGCAUUUCUGUGCACUGCUCUGGUUCGCCAGAAGCGGCUUAGUCAUGCUGGCCACAUGACCCGGAAAUUAUACGCCGGGUCCCUUGGCCAGUAAAGCGAGAUGAGUGCCGCAAACCCAGAGUCAUCUGCGACUGGACCUAAUGGUCAGGGGUCCCUUUACCUUUAGCACUAGAGUAAUGUGGAUGGGGGCAGCGGGGUGAGAUUUUUCAAUUGCUUUGUACGAUAUCCCUUGCACUUUUUUUAUUUUUUAAAAAUUGAUUUCUCACUUUUAUGUGAGGCUUUAAAAAAGGUAUUUUGCCCUCGGCAACUUUCACACAACCCCCCUUCAAAACCAGGCGGUGUUGGUUGCGGGGUGGUGCUUUUAAUGCAUGUAUUCAUUUCUGAAUUUAAACCAGGUCAGCUUCCACCUUUCCCCCUCUACUUCCACCUCUCCUGGGCGAGUAAAUGUUUUUGCACGAAAGAAAAAUAGAGACACGCUCCCCCCCCGGCGUAAUUAUGUGAAUCAUACAGUGACUUUAUUGAUAUUAAAAUGCUGCUUUUUUCGGAUCUGGAAUUGAGUGACACUGGCAUAUUUAUGCUGUGAGCUGUCCUGAGAUCUAUGGGUAUAGGACAGUAUACAAAUUUAAUAAUAGUAAUAAUAAUAAUAAUAAUAAUCUCCCAACAUGCCAACCCAGCUCAUUUCUUGGCUCUGUUGUUGCAACUUCAUCUCUCCCGCAAAUUUUGUCUGACCUCCCAUGGCUGUGUUUCUGUUCUCAUGUGAAUUGGGUAGUUCUUGUCAGGAGUUCAGCCUACACUAGAGUAGGACCCUGGCAGAGACACAUGCCUGAUUGGCAUGUUCUCUCCCUCCUGGUCGAUUGUUCGGGAGCUUCAAAAGCUUUCUUCAGUUCAAACGUCACAGCGACCGAUGCCAACAGACACCGGCACACUUAGGGAUCCGCAGAGUUUGUGCAGUUGUGUAACAGACCUCAGCAACUCAGCAUUUUGGCUAAUCUACUUUAUUUACAUAUAAACAUACACGGAGCACUGCAACAUGGCUCCUUCUCUCUCUAGCAUCAGACAGCAAAGAGAAAAAGAACAAAUAGUCCCAUUUCAUGGAACACAGUAACACAAUCAUCCUGUUUCCAUCACUUCCCACUCUGUGGAGUCAAAACAUAUACCGUCAUGUGAUAGACAAAAAUCCCAUGACUGCAAUCAUGGAGCAGGAAUUCUAACAGUUCUGCCUUUAAAUGCAAACUGCACUGAAAUCUCCCCCAUACCGAAACACAACCCACCAGUUAAGGACUAAAGUUCAGGAAAAGGCCUUAAUGCCAGGUCAGACUGUUGGUCUAUUUAGCUUAGUAUUGUCUACACUGACUGGCAGAGGCUCUCAAAGGUUUCAAAAUGGGUUGAACUUGGGACCUUUUGCAUUCAAGGCAUAUGUCCUCCUGCCAAGCUGCUCCCUUUUAGCGAUUAAUGAGACAUUUGCUACCAGCAGAGCACAUCCAGUUAAAACUGCUUUAGUCCGUGUUGAGAAAGGAAGAUGUUAGUAAACCACAGGCCUACUUUUUUAAAACAACAACAACAAAGCAAACAAGCCCCAAACCACCUGCAGAUCACAAGGUCUUUUGGUUAGAGGUUCAGGUUGAUUUGUUGAGGAAGCUGUCCUCCCUUCCCCUGCCUUGGUACCGUAGAAAAGGGUGAGAGAUCACCGCAACAAGUUUGGGGAAAUAUAUUUUCAGGGGUUUGUCAGGGAAAGAGGAUCAGCCCAGGUGAUGGGAGAAAAAAGGACGAGAGUAUACUAAACAGCAUAUUUGGGGGUUCGGUAACUGGAAAGCUUAAGAGAGAGGUGUUUUCUUUACCUUUUAUUUGGUGUUUUAAAGAAUGUACAUUGAUAAUAAAAAGAACAUUUUGCAUAAAACGGGGGGAAAUGGGAAGAAGAAAAGACGAAUACAAUUCUCGUUGAUUCAGCAAUACAGUCAAACCUCGGUUGUCGGACGUAAUCUGUUCUGGAAGCCCGUUCAGCUUCCGAAACAUUCGACAACCGAGGCGUGGCUUCUGAUUGGUUGCAGGAAUUCCCUGCACUCAAGCGGAAGCCGUGUCAGAUGUUUGGCUUCUGGAAAACGCUCGGAAAUUGGAGCAUUUACUUCUGGGUUUUCGGCGUUCACGAACCAAAAUGUUCCAAAACGGAGGCGUUUGGGAGGUGAAGUUUGACGGUAGAAAAGAAAAUUACUGGUGAUUGAUAGAUUUCCAAAACAACUUCACCCCCUUUGCAAUUAAAUACAUUCAAUCAAACAAACAAACAUAUGGCAUAAGGGGUAUAUGGAUUUAAACUUUUCACAUUUGAGUGACUCUCGAGUCAGAUUUGCAGCUUUUGGGUCCUUUUGCUUGUGUCACUGUUCGGUUUUAGAUGCCAGAAGGCCAGCAGGACUUACUUCCUUACUCUUUAGAUGGCAAUAUGUAUUCCUUCACAUGCUUCAAAACAUGGGCCUCCAGCCUUGCUCUGUUUGAGGGUCUCUCUGCUGUCUGUGCCCAAUUAGACCCAGAACUUAUAUCCCCCAAAUCCCAUCCUGACAGAUAGGAAUUACCGUAUUUUUCGCUCUAUAAGACUCACCAGACCACAAGAUGCACCUAGUUUUGGGAGGAGGAAAACAAGAAAAAAAAUAUUCUGAAUCUCAGAAGCCAGAACAGCAAGAGGGAUCGCUGCGCAGUGAAAGCAGCAAUCCCUCUUGCUGUUCUGGCUUCUGGGAUAGCUGCGCAGCCUGCAUUCACUCCAUAACACACACACACACAUUUCCCCUUACUUUUUAGGAGGGAAAAAGUGAGUCUUAUAGAGCAAAAAAUACGGUAGUUUUAUUUGAAACAUUUCGCCCGAUGUAGCUUUUGGAGGAGGAGGAGUUGGGAGGGCAGGUGGGGAGACGAGACGGCCCCACAAAAAGAUUAAUUGAUUUUUGUUUAGAUUAACAGACCCCUGACUAUGAAGAAGGAAGGCAUCCAGACCCGAAACCGAAAAAUGUCUAGCAAGUCGAAAAAGUGCAAAAAGGUCCACGACACCUUGGACGAUUUCCCUAAGGGCGGCUCCUUCAACCCUGCCGCCCUGUCGAGACACAUGUCUUCCAUCAGUCACAUUUCGCCCUUCAGCCACUCUGGUCACAUGCUAACCACACCCACCCCGAUGCACCCGCCCUCCAGCUUGUCCUUCGGACCUCACCACCCGUCCAGUAUGGUCACCGCCAUGGGCUAAGAUCGCGCCCGAGAGAGAGACUUAAAUCCCCGCUGCGAUGCUUCCUUUCCUUUUUUUAAGUUCUCAGAACAAGAGGUACGUUGAUAAUCCUUGCCUUGUUAAGAGGCGAGAGCGCUUCCCCCUCGGCACACGAAUGGACAAGGGCGCAGAAAGAAAAAUGAAAUCUUUAAAAGUUGGACGGAGGCGUAGAAACGAAACCCCCCCAAGCAAAUGUCGUGGGGAAGUGAACUCUUGGGGGCUUUUUCUCCAGUGUCUUUUGCGUCGCCAGCCACCAAAUUUGGGGUCCCAUUUGUGAAUAAACCAUUCUGACGCAAGUCCGCUCUUGAACUGGGUUUCUAGGGUCGUGAAGAAGAGAUGGCAGGCUGCCCACCCCCCAAAUCCCAAACCUUUCCCCCCACUCGCUCCCCCAAAGACAAGCAGAUUGAUGCUGAACACUGUAUAACUUAUAUUGUAAGAAAUUCUGUACAUUUUUGAAGAACACUCUUGACAUCUGCUUAGCUGUAAAAAAAAAAAAAAAGGAAAGGAAAGGAAAAUGGCUUGUUGGUCAAAUGAAAUAAUGAGUUGAAUGUUUUCCUGGUACGGACUGAGAAGAACGAGGUUGGACCGGCAUAUGGACAAACUGCCACUUGCGUUUUUUGCUCUCUCUUUCUCUCUCUCUCUCUCUCUUUCUUCACUCACUGGCUCAAGUUGUUUUGACGCAUUAAAAAAACAAAUUAAUCCAAGUUGUAGGCAAAUCAUGCAUUCCAGGCUACGGGGCCUCUGAACAAUAGGGGAUGUUUUUCGUUUUUGAAGGGUUUCAGGGCAGUUGGUGUGACAUUCAGCUUGUAGCUGCGGCAAGUUUGUCCAGGCCUUAUACGCAUUGUGAACAAGUUCCUGUAAUUGUUGUUUGUAUGUAUAAUUCAAAGCACCAAAAUAAUAAUAAAAAAACGAGAUGUAGAUUUAUUUCAUCCUAUGAUACAGACUGAAUGGUUGUAUAAAUUUUACUUACUGCUAGUGUUAAGAACUGCGC